AUGCCUUCUCGGUCGAACUCCCGCGGGGCCUCAGCCGACCCCGCGAGCGAUGCGCUGUCAGACGCCGACGCAGCUUCUUCCGCUGUGCCCGGCUCUGCUUCCGAGCGGUCGUUUCCGUUUGUGCAUCCUUCGCGGGACCAGCUGACGGCGGACAAACCUGCGAAACGCGACGCCGACCAAGAAGCCUUCGCCAUGACCGAGGACACGUUGCCGCCUGUCCCCCCUGCGCCUCCGCCAGGAGAAGAAGGCGUUCCUUCCAGCCGUUUCACGUCGUCAGAAGCUUUCCACGACCCUCCUGCCUCGCCAGCUUGUGCCUCACCUCCGAGGCGCCGGUGCGCGGCUGCGUCUCCGGAGCUCGAGGCUCUCGGGGCGUUUUUCGCGCGGUACGCAUGCUGCCUCGAGCGCGUGGCCGUGGUAGACGGCGCAGCGGAGUGCCCUGGCAGUCUCUUUGGCUGCGCCUUGCUUCCGCACGUCGAGGCGUCUCCUGCCUUCGCCGUCUCUCCGGCUGCCUGGACUUCGCGCUGGGAAGCGGAUCCGUUCGCUUGGAGCGGUCAGGGAGAAACUCGACACGGCGGAGCUUUGGCGUCGCGGCGAGUCGAGCGGCGACGCCCUGACCACCGGCGGCGCGCGGGAGACUGCGGCGAGAAGGGACCCAAGAGGGGCGCUCGCCGAGGACGAAAACAUGGCGGCGCUCGAGCGCCGAGUCGCGCCGGUCCUGAGACGGAACCAGCCGCAGCUUCGCCAGCAGCAAGUGCGCGUCAAAGGUUGGUGCAGGCAAUGGCCUUGCCUGCCUGCGCGUUCCUCGAUCUCCAGGCUCAGCAGCCUUCCUCCUUCUCAGUGUCGCCUGACGGGACGCCGGAUCCGGUGUAUCCGCAAGAUCUCGUUUCUCUCGACGCUCUUCGGCAGGGCUUCCCGUGCGGGGCACCGACCGGGAAAUCGCUGGGGAGGAUUCAGGACUGGAGCAGCACUGGCGCGACGUUUUGGAGCCGCCGCGUGCGCGCCGCGCUCGAUGCCUUUGUCCUUCUUCCUUCCUGGUACGGCGGCAUCGAAAACCGUCUCCUCCUGGAAGAAGCCGCCGUCCUCCUUGCUAACACAGCCACGUGCGCCCUCCUCGAGGCGUACGCAGUCCACUGCCUGAAACGCCAGGCUGCAGCUCCCAUCCCGCGCAUGUAUGCUGCUGGGCACGCGGCGGUCUCCUCUCAGUCCUCGUCUUUUCGCCACUACCCGAAGUCUCUCACCUCCGGCUUCUCGGUCUUCUUCGGCGCUGGCGGUCAGCUGCCGCACCCAGGCAGAGCCCCGGAGCGUCCUUUCAGCGCGCCGCGGGUCUCCCCCGCAGCUCGCCGCGUGCGGGACGUCGGUCCGGCCGCCGGCGCUCUGCGUCUGUGGAGCCAGGAAAACUCGGUGUUCCCCCACGCGGUCGACUUCAGUCCUGGACGUUCGGAGCCGCAGCUCUCCCUUGAUGCCGGGACGGGCCAGUGUGGAGAUCUCGGUGGAGAGUUUGGACUCUGCGCGGUCCCCGCGUUCCUCCUCGGCAGCCGUCUACCCUUGGGAUCUUUCUUCUCGUCGCUGGCUACGUCGCCCCACCUCCUGCCGUUGUUGCUCCUUCGCAGUCACCUGGGAUCUCUGGAGACCGGUGUCUUUUUCCCGGGCGGCUCGGCCGCGUCUUCAGACAGAAUGGGAAACCGAACGGCCACCGAAACGCCCGCCCUCGCGGCUGUCUGCAGCGACUUCUUGUCUCCGUCGACACUGCUGGACACGAGCACGUUUCACGAACGGAGUCGGCGCGGCCUGCGUGAGGAGGAGAGGCGGCGAGCUUUGGCGGGUGCGGCUGGCGAGCCGGGCGAAGACGACUUCUUCCAACUGCUUCUAGGCAGUCUAGGACCCGAGCGGUCGCGGAAUCUCGUCGCCUGGUCGGUGGCUGAAACUGACGCGUUCUACCUGAGGUGCGUGUACACCCUCAAGACGAUUGUGAAUCUGUACAUGCGUUUCCCCCCUCUCUUUUUCUUUCCGCGGUCGAUGCGGGGAGAAGACAGCCAGAAACAACGUACGAACGGGCCGGACGCGGGCGGGGACGACUCUGCGGCGAGCUCCGCGUUCCCCAGCCACCAACAAAGGCUCUGGGCGCUCCUGCUCGUGAUCCUGUCGGGUGCUUCGCCCCUUUCCACAGACGAGGGGAGGCAGGGUGGAGACAGUCGCGCAGACGGGGACACGCUGGCGGCACACUUCUGCCCGGGGGAGGCCGUGUCUGGCAAGCGCGAGGGGCGGCACGCCUCUCGGGAACCCACGCCGUUUGCAUUUGGGGACGCGGGCGGGCGAGCACAAGACAGACGGCUGGGGGUUCGGCUGACGAAGACCGCAGCAGGCUCGACGCUCCGUUUGGUUGCAGAAGCUCUCCUGUGCUCAGCCCUUCGGAAUGGGUGCAUGAGCGACAUCUUGCUGACCAUUUUGGUGUGCCUCCGCCAAGCAGUUUGCGACUUCCAGCAGGCGUCGUCUGCUGGGUUGUCUGCGGAGUCUGCUGCUCGGCCAUUGAUUUCUUCCUACUCGACCGCGUCACAGCCGCCGGCACGCCCGCGCGGCAUCCCGCCGAACUCCAAACGCUGGGGAUCGCACUACCUCGAAGAGUUUCAGCUUCUCACUCUCUUCGACGACCUCUCGUGGACGACCGAGCCAUCCGGGCUCGAGUCUGGGCCGGACUCGCCUUCGCUUCUUCUCUCCAGCGAUCGCCGCGCCGUCGAGUUCGUGGGGAAGGCGGCGGAUGCGGUCCCGCUGUCUCGGGGCUCCUCAGGUGUCUCCUCAGACUUGGCGCGGUCUCCGCGCCCGCCGGGGCCGCGGCAGGGGAGCAGCAGCAGCGCAGGCGAGGCGGGGACGCGCCGCACGGCGAGCCCGCUCCAGAUCGACUCGGAGCGCGUGAGAGACGCCGACUCGGCGGUGGGCCGCACGGCGCCGGCUGCGCAUCCCCCGGCUCCGGACUCGGACGAAGCCUCGGGAGGCGCGGAGGCUGAGGCAGGCGAGCCGCGGCACAGGACAGCGGAGACAGGAGACAGCCUUGAGUUUUUGGAGGUGGAGGACGGCAUCGGGGGGAGUCCCGGACGUCACGCGUUUGGGCGGGACUCCUCAGAAGGGUCGGGUGCGUCGUCGGAGGGCGCCUCGAGCUUCCUGACAAGUUCGUCCUCGCGCUGCCAGCCGUCGUCCGUCUCUUCAGAUCUCGAAGAAGCCCCGCACUGGCGACCGCGAAACGAGAGCGAAACGUCCUCGCCGCGCAGGCGGGAGGGUCGGCGAGACGGCCCCUCGGGACGGGCGCGGGCGCUGCGCUGUUCUCGUGCGAGUCCUACGUGGGUGGACGAUGCGCGCGGAACGCGUCACGCGCGCGAUGACAGUUCGAGCAGCGCGGGGACUUCCGAAGGCUCCCAGAGCGUUGGGACCGGCUCGCUGGGACGCGGGCAUCUUUCCGCGCGAGCGGACUCCCGCCGGAAUGCUACCCGGGAGGCAGAAAGCGAUCCCGAGGAUCGGGAGGGCGCGCGAGGCGGCGCGUCGCUCAUCGGAGGCAGACGCCCGCGCCGGUGGCUCGCCCCGGCGGCUGCCGACAUUCUUUUUGUCGAGAGCCGCGGCGCGGCGGAUCGAGGCCCCGCGCGGGACGACGGGGACGAGGGGGACGACGCGGGCGCGCAUGCACAUCGGAGACACCGCGGCGAAGCAACCACGUUUAUGACGCCGGUCGGUGUGCGCGUUCGCAGCAGCCAAGCGAACUGCGAGAGUGCGAGUCUAGUCGCCGCGCGCUUGACUGAAGACAGCCGGUCGCACACCAUCACGUACUUCCAGUUGCCCUCGGGCGUGGAGCCCGAGGACUUCGACCUCAUCUCGGACAUCCCUGCAGUCUCGUGGCCUCUGGUCAGUCAGACGCGGUUGGACCUGCCGCAGGGGGACAGCGGGCUCGGCACAGGAAGCGGCAGCUCUUCGUCACUUGCGCGCAGACGGAGUCGAGCGCGAGGCGACGGCGAAGGCGUGUCGGGGUUCCCGUCCAGCGACUGUGUCGACGCCCGAGUCGUCUGUCGCUACACCGCGGCGUUCCCCUCGUCGUCCCAUUCUCGCACGGCGGACUGGUGCGGCGUGCCUAGCGCGAGAGGGAGAUGGGGAGCGCAGUUCCUGUCCGAGGGGUGUUUGCCGUUUGCAUCUUCGCCCAGCGUCGUAGACGAUCUGGAAGCGCGGCUCGAGAACGAGGCAGCGAACCCUCUGGUUCCGUCGCCGAACGCGUGGAGUCCCGCCGAGGGCGUGGCGGCGCGCUUUCUGUCCCAGACGCUCCAGGGGGAGCUCCUCGACGCGCUCGCCGAACCAGUCUGCACCAUAACGCACACCGUCGCCCCGAGGGCGCCCCGCGGCUCCCUGCUGGGCCCGCCCGUCGGGCCCCCAGUGUCCCGCCUGGAGAGACCGAGAGCCGUGGGGUCGGCCCACGACCCCACCCGGGCCCUCGCACCCCAGAUCGCCUCCGCGUCCCUGUCGCCGACUCGGAGCGACGACGACGAGAUCCCAGCGAGGCAGACGCCCCGCCACCAACGGGACGCGCGGCGCGGCGACAGCAGUCUCCCGCGUGCGUCCGCACCCCGGAGCGGGAGAACGGCUGGGGGCUCUCGCGCCCCUAGCGAGGGCCUGCGGACGCUUCAGCAGCUCCAGCGGCAGCAGCGACGGGCGCGACUCGCCGCGACGCGCGAGGCGUUCCUCACCGGCGUGCAUGUUUGUCAGUUGCUGGUGUGUGAAAAGAUUUCUUCUGCGUUGCUCGCAGAAGGCGUCGUUGAACCCGGACGCUGGCGCCCAGCCUCCGACGCACUCGUCGAGGUCGGUGUCCUCCUCGGGGAUGCUCACCUCGCGCCCUACAGCGCCACGCGAGUCAGAACGAGGGGCCCGCCUCCUGUGUCGCGGUCCAGGAACGCAGGCGAACCGGCGCAUCCAGGAGGCUCCAGUGAAGACGCGGAAGUGAAGGAAAACGCCGGUUCGUCUUCGGAUCGAGCUGGGCGUGGCGCGCGAGACCAGCAAACCGGAGGGCGUGAUGCCUGCGGUCGUCCGGAUGCGGCUCAAGACUCGUGCAUGCAGUCCGGUGGAAGCAAGGAGACCACGUGGCAAGAGAAGCUGUACUGCAGGCGCGCGGCAGGAGGCGGAGAGAACCGCCUAGGAGGGACGCUCUGUGGAAGGCCUGGCGCCUGUGGAAUUCGCUGCGACGGCUUGGCGUGGACUGAGUGGGGCGAGGCGAGAAGCGCGAGACAUGGCCGUGCUUCUCGCGCCCAAGGAGACUGCAGGCGAGACGAGACGGAGACGCGACGCAGGGCCCGAGGGACAGGCGAGCGCGGCGGGUACCUGCAUUUGGGCAGAAGAUGGACGGAAGCAAUGCGACAAGGAGAACGCCUCGAGGGCGGAAAACGGAUUUGGUGCAUGACGCUCAUGCUGAACAUCGAGGAAGGCGAACUAGAUGUGUUCCUUGACGGCAAACUGCUCCAUACGUUCGGCAGACUUCCAAACGUUUCGUCGGCGUGUCGAGGGUCUGAGGACUCCUCGUCCCCUCUGACGUCGACGCUCGGCUACCGGUUUGCCGUCUCGCUUUCGUCGCCCUCGCACGUCGUCGGGUUGGUGCCUUUGCCUCGGUUGUCUCCAGCGGAACUCGACCGUCUCCUGAAUCACCACUACCGCUCUUCGCGGGCCCUCCUGCCGCCCGCGGACUGGACCACGAAACAUCCGGGCGCUCUGAUGGCUUCCUUGAGUCACGCCGCCUUGCGCCUCUCUCUGAAAGCCAAGCUGACUCGCGACGCGCGCGCGGCCGUUCGCGGGGCUGCGGCCACGGCCACGUGCCUCUCGCCGAUCUUCGCGCGUGGCGGCGGAGACAGCAGAGACAGCAGGGAGUCUGGAGGCGCGCCGAGGCGAGAAGAAACUGCGGAGGCAUCGAGUAAAGGAGAGGCAAGCGCCAGCGCGGCCCCUGCGAUACAUAUCGGCGGCGCGGGGCUCACCGAGUGGAUCAAAGCGGACGGCGUGACGCUCGACCUCUUGCGAGAGUGUCUCGGACUCGCGUGGGAUCUGUUGUGCAGGCGGGCAAUGCAUGCAGCUGCCGAGAAGGAACGGUGUCAGGUCGCCGGCGGGAGUGGAAAGGAACCAGACGGAACGGCGCGAGCCGCGGGGCGUUUGGUGGACGCGCAGAACGGCUCGGCUACUGCCCCGUCGGUGGGUGCUCAAGGGGACGGAGCCCGAGGCCAGGCGGGCGACCAUAAGGCCGGUUCGGAAUCACGAGGAGUGAAAAAGACGGACUCUUCUUCGGCGUUGCCUUGUCCUGUUGUCUCUCCGCGUUCUACAUUCGACGAUGAUGCAGCCAUGGGGACAUUCUACUGUCUGCUUCGGCUCUGGGCCUUGUUGUUGCCUUCUGCGCCGCUUCCGCCCGCGUCGAAAGACGCUUCUCACCCUGCGUCGUCUGCUGUCUGUCAGCCUUGGAACACGGCUCCGCGGCCGUGCGCUCGCGACCCAGUGGAUCCUCUCUGGCUCAGAGACGUGCUCGUCCGCGUCGUCUCCUCUGCGGCUUCUCAGCCGCAUGCCGGGGCGCCGCCUUCCACGCGCGACUGCGAGGCGUGGGCAGACCUCCCCUUGCCGGUCUUUGCUCUCGCUGCUGCCUCUCGCCCUGGCGCCUGGCUGGUGUCUCCGCGGGAUCAGCUCGAAGGCCUCGUGGAGUCGAGGCGGGUGAACCGGGAAGACGAAAGCGGGGAAGGCACAGAAACACCUGGAGGCGAGACUGUUCACACGCCAACUCAACGGCUCGCAGGCGGGUCUCGACCCAGGCUCGACGCGGCCUUCUGCUCUCGCGUUCUGUCUCUCGCUCCUCGCUGGCGGCGCCUCGUUGUCAGCGCCGCUGCAGAAGCCUCCACGCUGACGUUCUGUCGAGCGCUCCUCCUAGCUCCGUUCUUGGUGACAGAGGGCCUUGACAAAUGCUUCUGCUCCCUCGCCUUCCUGCGGGUUGCCCACCGGUCUUUCCUCGAGGGAGACGAAGCAGCGGGGAAGGAAGACGUGGCGAACCUAGAAGCCGCAGCCGGAGCCCCAGUCUCACACGCGUCGCCUCAGCCAGCUUGUGCGCUCCUGGAAGAUGCUGGGGAGGCUGGCACGUGGGCGCAAGAGGCCGGAGGGGAGGAGGAAGCCCGGAGAGACGCGGAGACGAAAGAGAAAGAUCGAGACGGAGACCCGGAGGCUGAAGCAAGUGCGGGGGGACUCGACCAGCUUCUCUGUGCGACGCUUCCGGCGGUCGUCGCUGCGCUGGAGGACUUUCACGCGUGCGUGUAUGCGCCGCUUCUCCCAGGCGGUUUGCGGGAAUGUCCGCAUUCUCCUUCGCGCGACGGACGCCGGGCACGGCCCGUUGACAGUCCGGAGUCGAGUGGCUCGUUCGAGAGGGGCAAACACUCCUCGGCAGACGCGGCGCCUCGACCUUCCUCCUUGUGCGGGUUCGAACUCGCCAGUUUGGCGUCGCGUGUCUUCGCGGCUCUCGGGGUGCUAGGCACCGACGGCGGCGUCAUCGCCCUCGCAACUGCGCACUGCCCGCCGUUUCUCCUUCUUCGCCUUCUUCGCGCCUUGCUCGCGCUGGCCUGUCCUCCGGCAAGUGUCCUUCUUGACUGCCGAGAGACUCCGGCGCUCGCCGCGGGUAGGGCCUACCGCGAGGACGGCGCCCCAGGUGCGAGAGGACAAAGCGAGGCAGCAAGGCGUGGCGAGUCGAUUCCGCAGGUCCAGGGAAGUGAGAGGAACGCGGGCCCGGUGCUCGACGCCGUUGGGCGCUUGACGCGUCUCGUGGUUCGGCCGUUAAGGCGCCUGCUUCUGCAGUUUUUCUUGUGCGUGCGGAGAGAGUUCCUGCAUGCCAUAGCUGAAGAGAAGGAGGAGCAGAUGAAGCGGAAGAGCGACUGCGAGCGACGCCAGCUGUCACAGCUCUUUGGGCGCCAGGCCCGCGCGGCCGCGAGACACAGCCCAGGCAACAGACGCGAGAAGGGGGAGAGAACUUCGGGAAGGGAAGGUGAGCUGGCCGGAGGGAACUUCGGAAGCGAGGCGAGUGAAAGAGCCAGGCAGGGACUGACGAGCACAGGAGGCCCGAGGGACGAACUCGCAAACAGACGGGAGUCGAGCCCACAUCCGCCGCGAGGGUUUUAUGUCGGAUCGCUGGCCGACAGUGACCCCGGCGAGAGGGAUGAAGACGUGGACAGGCCGCCCGACCAAGUUGGCGACGGGUCGCGGUCUUUCGUGCCUGUUCGCGUCUCGCGUCGAGCGCACCCGCACCCAAAUCGAUCGGAGGGAGAAGAGAGCGGUGGAGCGAAAACGGCCGAGGACAGCCUGCCGGAGACACCGGGUCCCUUCCUCGACCCCGCCCACGAAACUCCGCGACGGCGUCUGUUGCCUUCAAUCUCCGCGUCCUCGCGGCCGCUCCGGGACAAACUGGAUCUCCACCUGGACUUGCUGACAGCUGCCACCGAGCUCACGUUCGACGCCCUCUCGUCUGAGGCGGAACAGCUCUCCGUCCCUCUCCCCUCGUUUUCUUCGUCGCAGGGCGCCUCGUUCGCCGAAGGUUCCGUUCGUCUCCGCCUCAAGUGUUCCGAGCGGCUCCUCGCGCGCGUGUGCAAGUUGGUCGUGUACCAGAUUUUUUUGCUGAUCAAGUUUCGGAAGCAACAGUUGUUUCUCGCUGUGCUGCCGUUCAUGUCGCACACGUUUUUGUCUGAGCGCGAAAGCCGGGCGGAAAGCCAGCUCGUGCGCCUCCUCGGACGCCUCGACGUCUUCCUCGUGUCCCUCCUGCCCCGCCUGCUUCAGUUCGCAGGCCGCCUAACGCAGGCCGCUGUCUACGCGGACUUGGUUGUCGCCCUUUGCACCUCUGGGGCGCCAGACUGUCUCCUUCUCCAGGCGAGCCGGUGCGACCGCAGGGACAGAGUGGAGACACUCGCGGCGGAGACCCAGGCGGAAGCGCUGGAGGCAGAGGCCACAGCCGCGGGGGACUCCGGGGACGCAGACGAACCGCCGGCGGGUGUCGCCGAAGAAGAGACAGCAGUGAACAGACUCUCGGAAGGACAGACGUCGGCGAAAGACUCGGCUGGCGCCGCCGUGCUGGUGUGCUGGCCAGAUGCGUUGCCAGCCUUGUGUGAAGCUUUGGAAGGCCGAGGCGGGCGCAGCCGACAAAGGCCCAGAACGCCUGGGCGACGCCGGAACCCCCCGACCGCGUCCCCGUCGUCUUCCGGUGGCGAAGAGUCAGACACGGGCAGCGUUGACGAGGACCGAAGCUGGUUGCGCGAGAGCCUCUUCAUGCUGCCUACGGCGAGUACCGCGUAUCGGCGUCUUUCCCAGGAGACGUGCUGCGUCUACUUGCUCGAGACAACGCAUCCGCUGUCCACCGUCGCAGACUUCCGCCUCUGCCUCGACUUUGCGCGCCUGUUCUCCACUUCGCAGCGUCCGCUCCAGGCCUCGUCUCCGAGGCUGGCUCCGACCCGCAGCGCGGACGCCUCGCCCGGCGGCACAGGCGCCCAUGCGUCCUCAGCGUCGGCGCCCCGGGACUCGGGGUCUGCCGGGGCGGAGUCGCUGGACGCAGACCAGCGCGUCUUCUUUGGAGUCUCACAGGCCGACAGCGCCCCCGGCGUCCUCCGCGAGGGCGAGGGCUUCCUGGGUCUCGAAGCGGGGAUGGCGCCGGGGCUCGCGCACUGGCUGCGGGAGGACGAAGAGGAGCUCUGCCGCGGCGAAGGCGCGCAGAGAGUGAAGAUCAAAUUCGACCCUCGAAGCAACACGUGCGACUCGGGAGCGGAGCUCCAUAUUCGGGUGGUGACUUGCCACGGAGUGAAGACGCACCAAUGCUUCGAGCGGAACUUUCCGAAACUGAAGUUCCGAGAUGUCAAGUCGAUCGAGUUCGACUUCGGCGCGGCGUACCCUAGCGUCGAUUGGGGUUUCCGCUGCCAAGUUGAAGCUUACCGGAAGUCAAGCCGACACGCGACGCACCCUUCGCUCGAGCUCCUCCUCGUCGCGUACGACGCCUCCUUCACUCUCAUUCACCACCUCGUCGAAGACCUGUCUCCUUUCCUAUCGCCGGUGUCUCCCCCUUCUUCGUCUACGCGCGGGUCUCCCUCGUUCGGAGCCGCCGCGUUUGCUGCCGCCGUCGACGCCCUGCGGCCUUUGCUCCUUUCUCAGGAACUCGUCUUCUCACGUCCCUCGACCUCGGCGCCUUCCGUCCGUUUGUUUGGUCCCCAAUCUCGCGCCUCACCUUCGUCUCCUUGUUCGUUGUUCCCUUCUUCCCUGUUCCCUUCUCUGGCCGCAGAUGCGGCUCCGACGGGUUGCCUAGUGCCUUGGACGGAGUGCGCUCGAAGCCUGUACGUGGCCGCGUCGGAGGUCCGGCGAAUAGCGUUGGAUUGCUCCGCUGCCGCUCAGGAUGGACUCUCUUCCCCCCCCCACUUGCCCGCGUUGUUCGCGUCCCACGAACACUCUUUGCUCUCUUCCUUGUCACCCUCUGGCUCGUCCGCUGUCUCGUCUUCGACGGGUCGAUCGGUGUCGCCUUCUUCCUCGUCCGGGCGGCUGAACGUGGCGUUGAUCGAUUUCGUUCACGGCCGAUCUCAAGUUGCGAAGGCGAUCAUUGCGCUCGGAGACCGCUUCUUCUCUAGUCCUCUCUCGCGAACGGCAGGCCCUCCCCUGCUUCCUGGAGGCUUCGCCCACAUGGCGGCGGCGGAGCGCGCAAUUCUCGCGCUGUCUCUGCUUCUGCAGCCAGCCGCCGCGGACCUCUUCCUCUCUCUGCUCUCUGCAAUCCAAGACGAGGCGCACCUCGAAGCUGGCGACGGCGCCGCCUCGGAGCCGCGGGGGAAAGAGACGGAGAACGGCGCGAAAGGCGCAGCUCUCAGCGGCAGCCACCGGUCUCCAGCGGAAACUCGCCCUCCGGAAGAGUUCUCUGACGCGUCCGCUGCGUCUCCGUUCCCCGCUGCGUCUCCGUUCCCCGCUGCGUCUCCGUUCCCCGCUGCGUCUCCGUUCCCCGCUGCGUCUCCGUUCCCCGCCGCGCCUCCAGUUCGCGAACUGCCUCGAGCUCUGCAGCUGCUGUGGCGCCUCGCCGCUCAGACCGCACGCCUCGCGGUGCAUAAGGGUGCGCAGCGUUUCUCGUCGCUUCGCUCGGAGGCGACUGAGCCAGGCGGUCGAGACGGCGCACGGCCGAGUCUGCAGGCGACCCACAAACCUGCGCUGGCUCGCCGCAUCGCGAAAAACGCUCUUUUUCUCCUCGCGUGGAUGCGCCUGUCGCCGACAGCCUGGGCAGCGCGCAAAAAGCAAAGGUUCGCUGCUGACCGGCCUCUCCCGCUCGAUCCGAUGUCCCUCCGGGCUUGGCUGCUCAACGACACCACGCUGCAGGCCGUCCUCCGAGUCGCACUCAAACCCUGCUCUGAAGGCGCAGCGCUCGCCUCGCCGGCUUCGCAGUUGAAGCACUUCGGCCUCGCUGUCGACUUGUGGAACAGCUACAACGCGCGGUUGCGCCUUGCGGCCGAGGCCUUGAUCUUCGUGCUGGAGGGCCUCCAGACCACUGUCUCCCUCCAGGGCGUCCUGAAGCGCUGCCGGCGGGGACUGGGCGCGACGGAGGCCUCGGAAGAGCAGGCGGACGCCGAGGCGACUGAGGCUGGAGAGGCGCAGAGACGACCGAGGGGUUCCCGGAGGCGACACGAGAAGCGCAUGCCUCCCGAGAACGGCGAGUGCAUCCAGUGGGAAGGGUAUGCGCGAGUCGGAGAACUCUCCUGUCUCGCCGUCGACGCAUCUUGGCGGCUCCUGCGCUUCCUCGACUCUCUCGCAGAGACGCUGUUGGGGACGAGAAAAGACGCAAAGUGCGCCCUCGUCCCCCUCGCAGCGCCGUCGGCUUUGCCCAGAUGCUUUGUAACGGAUUACGAGCGACUUCUUCGUCCCGUUCUCUCGUUCUGUGGCGCGCCGUUCGCUCCUGCGCAGACGUCAGCGUCGUCGUUCUCUCCCCUGGCUCUUCCGGGCUUGCCUCAGUUCCUGCUCCAGACGGUUCUUCUGAGCAGCUCUCCCUCGUCGUUCUCGUCGCUGUUGAAUGAAGGCUCCUUCGCUCUUCACGCUUCCCCCGCUGACCCUUCUUCGUCUGGGGCGAGCGCUCCGUUUGCGGGCUCCGCCGCUCUCGUCGCCGCUCUCUGUGGGGUGACGGAGACGCUGAGCCGCUUCCUCUUCUUGUCUCCUUCUGGGCCCUCUCAGCCGCCCAGUGUCUUCAAUCCUUCCUACCCCUACGGGUUCACCUCGCAGGUCGCCGCGCUGUCUCGUGCGUGGCUCGCCCCCUUUCUUCUGUCUCUGCUCGUUCUCGUCACUUCGUCUCGCUGUCUCCGACUCCAGGCUCUUGGUCUCUGGGCUGCGAAGCAGCCGAAGGACCGAAAGGAAAAAGACGCCCUACCAGAGGAGGCCGCUUUUCCGGGAGACUGGCGAUCGAGGCGGAGGCUCCUCGAUGCUGAACUUCUGCACGAGACGACAGAACAGGCUCGGCGAGUCCUGCGGUGUGUGCAAACGGUCGUGGAUGCUACGGGCGUUGGACUGAGGAGAUUCCUCGAAUGGCAAACCCCGAAGCGUCACAUUCGCAUUCCGAAUUUCGGCCCACCUGCCGCCUCUUUGACCGAAGUUCCAAACGGUUCUCUCGGCGAGAGUCGCACUGACGAGGGCGGCUUCUGGGGCGCCGCGCGUCGCGACCUACCUAGGCCAGACGCCUGUCGCGUGAGCAAACUCCGUGCACACGCUCCAAACCGAUACGAAGGCGACGCCGAGGGUUCGUGCCCGCCUUCGUCUCAAGGCAUUCGAAGGCGACCCGCGUCCACCCUGUCUCAGGGUAGCCACGUCCGUCUCGGUCGUCCGCCGGAAUCGUCCCUCGAUUCUCUCUCUGCGCCACAGUCUCGCACCCGCCGUGCGCCGACAGGCGAGCGGGCUCUGUCCACCCGCGGGUUGCCUUUCUCUCCAGAUCGCGCAGCGUUUCCGCUGUCUUACCUCCCGCCUCGCGGCCUUCCUCCCGUUAGCUACAGCGACGCUCUCGUCGAGGUCGCGCUGGUGUUUGUUCCUUGCCUCUCUGCUUCGCGGGACUCUUCGCGUCGUCUCCCCGCUUCGCCUUCGCUCCGCGCGUUUGCUCAGCGCUCGGCCGCGCCCGGCACGCAUGCGGCGGCUCUGCUGUCGAUCCCUGCACACGGUCCUGUGUCCAAGAUGCUAACUCGGCACUUUCGGAAAGUCGACCAGUGCGUCGUCUUUGUUGACGCGGGUGGCGAGGACGACAUGGAAAUCGAGAGAGAAAGCCAGGCAAACAAGGAGGCGAACGCGGGUUGGAAACCGCCAACGUGCGACGCGUCUCGGUCGACUCCACUCCAUCAAAGCAGGUCAGAGUCGGGCGCGCAGCCUGCGCUUCUCGCCUCGAGUUCGUCUUCGCCGCUCUCUGCUUCCGCGGCGACGACUCCGCACGCGUCACGCCCCCUGAAGCCGGGGCAGCCUGUACGCGUUGAGCUGUGGGUGCGAACUGCGGGCCAAGCCUUCGCGGACUUGCUGGCGUCUGACGGGCCGCCAGGCGGCUCCGAUGUCUACGCGGGGCAGCGGCUCGCCGGCAGCUCAAGCCGACACCGCGGCAGGCGGGUGCGGCAUUCGUGCUACGCACUGGUCACGAAGAAAAAGGCCGCGGAGACACUCCACACCGACCGGCGGCAAGACGGACUGUGGAGCGGCGACAGUCAGGCAGUCCCGCAUGCAGCGGGAGAGCGCCGGACAGCCGACGGAGACUCCGGAGGAAGCAGCGCGGCGCGACUUGGCAGGCAUCCUGUCGCGUCUGUGACUGGAAGUGGAGAAAUUGCGGAAGACCACGUCGGCGUCUUCCCUUCCAGGCGACGAGAAGAGGGAGGAGAUUCUGACCGACCCGCAUUCGUCCACCGAGGCCGCGGGCAGCCUCUGUGGACGCAGGCAGAUCCGCCGCCCAGCGGCGGAGGCCUGGAGAGUGUCCCCGAAGGCGCGAGCGGCCCGGUCGGCGACGCAGGCGGGUGUGAAGGGACUGGUCCUAACACCAGACGAACCCCGUCGAUGAGGGCGCGGUUCCUCUCAGGUGAAGCCGAGCCGUCGCCUGCACACUGGGGAACGUCCGCCUUUCUUCUCGCGGGUGACGCGCCCGCCGGCGAAGCAGGAAGAAGCGCGCGGCAGCCCCGUGCACUUGGAGAAAGCCGCGAGCGCGCGGAGGGGGUGUCGUCGACGCGGGCAGAGGGCGGCGAGGCGCCCGCGCCCGACGCUCCGGGGGGGAGCGGAGACAGCGGGGGCGAGACAGAAAGGGAGACGGACCAGGUCUGGUGGCACGGCGGCCCCGAGAGUGCGACGACAACCAAGAUCGUGCAGCUCGCAGAGACAAAGGGAGGUGCGCCCAAGUGGAUGGGAACCGUCCCCUUUGUUCGCCUGCUGGUUCCAGACACUCAGGCGUGGCACGCCGCAGCGAAGCGAGCGCUGCUUUCGAAGACGCCUCGCUUGAUUUCCUGUUCCGGCGACCGCAUGCCUUCCGGCGGGGUUCAAGUGAGCCGGGCAGUGGUUGCCCGGGUCAGGCUGUCCAGGGACGAAGAGCGGGCGUGGGCGGAGGCCCAGCGCGCCCGAAACGGAGAGGCCAACAAGCGAGCGGGGCGACAGGUUCCGGCUCUUAUCGUUGCGGAGAUGGGGCACGUCUCCGAGUUGACAGCCGACCAAGUUCAGCGCGACUUCGAGUCGCACAUUCGCGCUCUCGCGGAUUCGAACGCCGACCCCGCGCGCCGGUCUCCUUCUCCCAACCCGCGGCGUCGCCUCGACACACUUCCUGCCUCGUCGUCCUCGGCCGUGUGCACCUCAGCUGCCUUUUCGGCGUCUUCUUCGAACUCGGCGUCGCACAGUGAGGCCGGCGCGAGCGCAGCUUCUACAGCUGGCCGCCGCAGUGCCAGGGGAGGGUUUGCGCCUACGCCGCGCUCCGAAAAGGUUCUCACCUUGAGACAGCAAUGCUGUGCAGCGCUGCAGACUCUCGACGCGCUCGGCAUGCAACGCACCUGGCUCCACGCGACAGCGGCGGUGUCGGAGUACCUUUGGAUGUCCUUCCGAGCUGCGGUCGGCCUUGCCCUCGGCCCGCACGUGCGGCUGAUUUCCCACUUCCUGGCCGCGCAGAGUCCGAGCGCUCCGCGGGAGGCACAGGAGCCUUGCCGCGGCGUCCAGCAAAGCGAAGACGCAGGAGAGACGGCGAGCGGCCGGAAGCAAGGCAGAAACACGAGGGGACCACGAGGAAGGCAAGAAGACAGGCAUGCGGUUUCGCCACAGAGGAGCUCGCUGGGCGCGUUGUCCCCGGUUGGCGCGUGCCUGAAACACUUUGCUCGGUUGUUGCUUUGGAGCGUCGAGCACCUCGAGCACGCCUCGGCGAAGAUAGGACAGGGCGAAGCGACCGGAGGCAGACGACCGCGGCCCGGACCAUCCGCGGGUGAACGGGGCGAGUCGACGGGCACCGCUGAGAAGGCCCGGAGGAAGGCAGGGCUAGCGCGAGAAAGAAAUGCCUCCUGUCUCUCGUUAUCGGCGUGUCUGCGUCGGGUUCUUGCCGGUGGCUGCAGCUCGGGAAGCGCGACGGACUCCGACUCGGAGAGCUCCAAUGUUCCGUCGACGCCUCCUCUGCCUUCCGCUGGCCCUGCCCCAGUCGCGGCUCUGAUGCUGCGCCUUCUUGACGUCGCCUCGGGAUUGUCCAUAGAUGUCGAAAAACGCUCUCCCACUCCACAGAUUUCCUCGCGUGCGGCUGCGUCGCCAGCCGAUCCGUCCCCUUCGUCUCCCUUGGCUUCUGCGUCGGCUUGUUUUCGCGCUUCGCAGGGGUCUGCAGAAACGGCGUCUCUUUCUGGAGAGUUUUCCAGCGAUGGUUCUCCGUCUUCCGGUCGCUCGCCGCUGCUCGGCCUCCACAUCGCAGUCCAGCGCUACUUCCACUUGACGCCAACGAAAGCCCCGCCUCUCCUUCCCGAGAUGCUCCUCUCCGGCCUGGGCCUAGGCAGCAGCUACCUGGCUGACCUUCUGUGGCACACGACGCUCCAGAGGCAGCCUGCCUCUCCGCCCUUCUCACCGGGCCCUCCUGGUGCCUCAGCAGCUUCGUCCCCGAUCUCAGGAAACGAAGGCGUCGUGGUGAAUCGGUGCCGACUGAGUCCGGCGUGCCUGCCGGCUUUGCAUGCAGCCCUGAGCGCGAACAGGCGCCUUCUAGCGAUUCUGGAUCACGCGGAGGGGGAACGGGGAUUUCGGGCCCCCGGCGAAGGCGCUGAAUGCGACCAGGGUGGGGACGGACGAGCCACCCGCGAGCGUCGAACGGCACCGGCGAACGGGGCGUCCUCGAGAAGUGAUGAAAGGCAGACCGAAGCGCGUCGGAAGCGACGACGCCCAAAGACGCUGCAGCCGGGCGGUGGAGCUUCGGAGCCGGACGAAGCCCACACGGUUUCCGGCGGGUGUUCUCGGUCGAGUGCGGGUGCGCAAGCCCAACGGAGAGCGGAGGGAAGUCGUGGAGAGGCGGCGCUGGAGGGAAAAGGAAGGGAAGAAAGUCAGAGACCGGGACGUGCCGUCGAGACGAAGGCUGGUCCGUGGGUGACUUGGACGGAACAACGCUCUCUGUGCCUGACCGCGGAAACCAUCGCUGUCGCUCUUCUUCAACUGCUUCAGUGGGUUGUGGAGUUUCGAGGCGUUGACCGAGAAGAUGAAGACGACUGUCAUGUCCAAGCCCUCUGGGGGACCGUCAGCGCGGACGGCGCCUGGGCCGACUCUGGCUGCUGUCUCUCGCAGCCUGGGGCCUCGCCGCAGCCCGACAGUGAAUGUGAAACCGACGCGGACGCGCCGACGCCCGUGGGGUCUAGGCGCCGUGGCCCUGGCGGCGCUCACGAGCGUUUGUGGAUGGCGAAUCUUCUCCCGCGGCUUCUGGCCACGAGCGUGUGGGGUCGACCGUACCUCGGGAGAUGCGCAUUUCGGUUCCUGCGUCUGCUGCUUCUCGCUCGCCUUCGCUGUGUCUUAUUCGCCUCUUCUUCUCCGUCUGUGGCGGUGGGAACGGUAGACGAUACGGGCCAGCUCCGGCGCCGCCUCGGAGCGGUGGCUGCGAUCCUCCCUGAGCCUGCCGUCCUCGCGCCGCUUCUCCCGGCCCCGCCGGCGUGGCUGUUUUGGGAUCUCACGGGCCUCGGCGUGUCGCCGGACAAGCCGCGAGAGGAUCCAGUCCCGCCGGGGGGCGACGAGACGGCAGGGCUUGCGGGGGAAGUCGAUGCAGAAAUAGACAGGACACCGGGCGGCUUUGGCGACGAGCACGGUCGGUGGAUGCAGACAAAGUGGGAGAAAACUCGGACUGUCCCGGGGCGUCGCAGCGCGACGGAUCUCCCACAAGCCGACGGCGAGAGAACGGAAACGCAAUGCACUCUUUCUGGCGGCGAGGAACUGGCCGUCCCCACGCACGCCGUCUCGGACUCGAGAACGGAAUCCGAGACGGUGCCUUUUUCACUCGCCUCGUCGCCUGCGCAGUUCGAAAAGGCGAAAAGACGCGAGGAAGCGCGCCUUGCGGCGCCUUCCCUCUCUCCUGCUGCCCGAUGUCCCUCGGUUCUCUGGAGCGCGCCGUCUCUUCUUCAGCCGGUUGUCCUGCGAGCGUCGCUGCCGUUGCCCCUCGCGGGGCCCUGCUGGUAUCGCCUAGCCGUAAAGCCCGGCUGCGGUUGGUUCAAACUGACGGCACUCAACGGCUUCUCCGUCCGGCGUAUCUGCCUCGGCCAGGCGAAGCAGUCCGGGAUCAAGCAUGCGGAUCUCAUGGCGUGCAUUGGUCUGGAGGUGCCCACGCUCCGAGCCGGAAAAGACUUCGGGUUCAAGAGCCAAGUGACGCCCCUCGGUCAGGCGCUGACCGCGUUGGAGCGCGAGACGCUGCAGAAGCCUUCCGGAUUCCCCAUUCCCACGGCCUCCUUUAUGGAUAUCAUCACGCUGGCGAAGCCCGAGAAAAACGUUUUGAAGAUCCGCGUGGACGGCAAAGGCAUGUGGAAUGUUCCUCUCUUGCAUCCGCACGUGAAGAUCAACAUCGCCAGUUCGUCGCAGACGCCGUCGCCUGGGUCUUUGCGGCGAAAGGCAGGUGACCGGGGCCCGCGAGCGCAGAGAGCCGAACGCCCAGACCGGGAUGCAACCGGGCAUGGCCGUCGUGCGGCGUCUCGAGCGGUCUUCGAAGGAGGCGAAAGAGCGGAGAAGACGACCAAACGUCCGGCGUUCGCGGCCGCGCCUUUUGAGUCCACUCGGAAACGCCGUGGCGUCGACCGCUCCCUGCCCCAGCUUUCGACCAUGCACGAGUUGCAUCUGUGCAUUGUCACACAGGUGUGCAGCAAAGACGCGUUUCAGCUGUACGUCCAUCGGGGCGGCGGGGAAAUCGACAAGAGCCUCAGACACCACCGGAAACUGAACGGCCUUCUCCGCCGAGUGUCGCACCUUCAUUCCACUGGAUUGCGAGGCAUGGCUGCCCUCGAGACCGACCCCUUCCUCUCAGACUUCUGGCCGGUGCCUCUGCACCAACUUCCGGCUCUGCCCGCUUGCAACGGCCCGGCGACUCUCGCCUUCUCCGCGUACGCCCUCCCGUCCCCCUCGACCUUUUCCCCGCUCCUCUACCGCGCGCCUGUCUCGCGCGCGCUACCCGCGUCCGCGUCGACGUUUCCCCCUGACUCGUCCUCGCUCCCUGGCCACGUCGAGCCGCUCCUGCCGUCUGGCUCCAGCGCGAAGAUCGUCGACGUCGCCCAGGCUUCGGCAAACUCCUUCACCCCUUCCGACGCGUCCGCCGCCCUGUGGGAGACGCGCAGGCGCGAGCUCGGGGUGUUUGCGUCGAGGGCCUUCGACAGCCACGCGCACCUGCUGCGGUGGCGCUGGACGUGUCUGUUUGGAGACACUCUGCUGCUGCGCCAGAGUGUGCAUCUCCGGCGGGCGUUGCUGCUCGGCGACUUGUCCCUCAGGACUGCGAAACGGCAACUCCUCGGCGAACGCCGCCGGGAGCCAGCCGACCCCACAAACGGGGCAAGAAACCACCGUGGACAAGUCGCGCCCAGUGCGGCCGGCGGCGCGGCAGCUGGGCUCGCCGAGCCCCGCCGCGCGCUCGUUUGCGACGGGGAGGAGCCGCGAAGCGAAGGAGUGGGCCGAAGCCUGUUGAGCGGCAAAACAGAUGUUUCGUCGUCGCCACGGAGAGACGCGAACCAUCGUGAGGACGCCGAAGGCAACGGAGACAAUGAAAGAGCAUCGCCACAACGCGAUGAGGAAGAAGUUCUCGGCGAGCUCCUCGCCGAUGUCUUGAACGCGCUAGCCGACGGGCUGGCCGAGAUGGAGGCUUGGACCACUCAGGGCGUGCGGCCGCAGCCGCUGCCCUUCUUAGCCCUUUUGAGUUCUUCGCCUUCAGGUGUCUCUUUUUCGAGUCAGCGGAACGCGACCGACUUACCCUCUGGCCUCCUUGGCGAAGGCAGCAAGGAGGCGACGGCUCGAGAGAAGAGCCGCGAGGGAGAGACGGCAGAGAUCGCAUCGCAGCUGGCGCCUUCGCCUGCACGGUUCUUCCACUUUGCGCACACGCAGGCGUCGGCAGAGGCGCUGAAUCGCCUGCGGCAGGUUUUCAGUCGCCUCUCGGCGCUCCUCAGGCUGUUUGUGUUUGACGGCGCGGCAGAGGACGCCGAGUCGCCGACCGACGGUUUGCCGAAUGUGACGGGGGAGUCGCCGUUCACCGACUUCGAGAGGUUGUGGCUGUCGGGCACGUUUCAGAGGCGCCUCUGCGAGUCUUUGCUCGAGCCGGGGAACAGCGAAGGACGGGGGGGACCGGAGAGUAGCCGGAAGAAGAGAGACGACCCGACUUUCGAGCAUGUGUUUGCGAGAUCCUGGUUCCCCAGGGGCGUUCGCGCGACGAACUACUGGCAGAUCCUCACGGAGCUGUCGUCUCCGUUUUUCUCCGAGCAUCGCCUGUGGCGACCGUUCUUCCUUCUCAACGCGCCAGAAAGCGCGGAGCCGGAGAGAGGCCUGGCCGCUCGCUUCGGGCCGGUGGGCGCUCCGCUGCGGAGGCCGUGGAAACCGAGGAGCCUGGCGCGACCGACGGGCCCGGACACCCAGAACAAGGACGAGAGAGCAGAGACGGCCGCGAGGGGGACGGAGAUGCCCCGAUCCACGCCGGAGUCGCCUGCCGGUGCGGCGCCACGAGCGCGGUCGGAACCAGACAGAGCGGGCGCAGGCGCGGCGGCAAGCGGGAACUGCUCUUUGCCGGUUUCCUCGCGCGUCCCGGAGCAGGGCUGCAGCCCCGAGGAACGAAGGCCAGAGCGGAGUCACGGCCAAGCGGACUGGCGCGACCUGUGGGCGAUGGCGUGCGACAUGAAGAACGCUGAAGAUGGAGCGUUUCUGACGUGUCUCGUGCGGCUGCUUCCGAGCUCUGGCCGCCGCCUCCUGCUCCAGAAACUCCGCGGAAACAUCCAACAGAUCCUUGCCCUGUGUGCAAAGUGUGGAGACUUGCACGCCGACGCCGCCGACCUGCCUCAGCAUGCAUGCUUCUCCGAAGCGCGCCUCAUGCGCCUGUCGCUCCUCGCCUCCUGCCUGAGCGUCCUCGGCGCUGCGGAGGCUGCGACCGCCGUCGCGCACAGGGAAAUGGUGCAGCGAGAAGAGGACGGAGCGAGCGAAGCGACCGUGGCGGAGGUGGAGACAAAGCGAGAGACAGAGAACCUAGACGAGGGUGCGGCUGCGCACGUGGCGAGAGCGGCAGGUGGUAAAGUUGAAGAAAUCCGGGAUACCCCCCGUUCCCCUCCUUCGCGUUCUGGCCGUGGCCGAAACACCUCGCUCUCGUCAAGCGCCAAAGUGCGGGACGAGCGCGAGGACGACUCCGCGACAGCAAAAGUGACCCUCGCCCUCCUGACAGCCGUGGCGCCUCUCGUGGCCGCCAGCGCGCCUUUCCUUCGACGGCGCAGCUGCCACAGCGAGCCUGCGCCCAGUCUCAAUCGCUUAGGCUGCGUCGCAGACGUCGCGCAGCUGUGUGCUGUCAAGGCCGACGUUCUGUUGCAACGUUUCCAGCUCCUCUCCUAUCUCUCGCAGGCCUCAGGCUACGCAGCGCUGUCUGUGCCGUUGACGCCUCCGUUGCCUCCGUCCUCGUCCGCUCCGGCGCGCGCCGCGGCGGGUGCGGCGAGAGAAGCCGAAAAGCCGGGAAAGGGGAAGGGCGAAGAGGCCAGAGACACCGCGACGCGCGCGUCGGGUCAUGGGUCCACCGACGACGAACACCCGCAGCCGGAGAAAGGGGGGAAAGGCGGCAUGGAGAGGAAGAAACGCAGUGCGGAUGAAGCCAGGAGACGUCAGGUCGACGGGGCUACGUGUGCAUGCUGUGGAGUUCCAAUUGCAGAGCCAUCAAAGGCAAACGCGAAGAAAGCCAAGCGUGAAAGCCCUCGCAGAGCUUCCUCCGUGUCGGCUUGUGCAACGUCUCCUGGCGGCGGGUUGGUAACAAACCCCGCCGCGCUUCUGUCCAGCGCGAAGGCCGGAGCGGAGACAGUGACGGUCAAUAGUCAGCCAGAGGGGAAUCUCGGAGACGAACGGGGAAGGGACGACCUCGCCGCACGCAUCCAGACGGGUGGCUUCGAGAGCAUGCGGCAAGAGCUGCUCGAUGCCUAUGAUCGGCCAUGGGAGCCCUCGCGGCGUCCAGCCCUCAUUCGCGUGGCCCUCCUCACAGAUCUCCUCGAGUCGUGGCGGUUCCUGCCUCCCCCCGGCAGCUCGGCAAGGCAUGCAUUCUUUUCGCUGCUUCUGCGUCUAAGCCGGGCGACGGCGCGAGUGCUGGAUCCCCGUCGACGCGACUACGGAGAGGACCCGGAUGGCGAUUCCGGCGACGCCGCGGUCGCGUCGGCAGUCGGACGGGCAGCUGACUUAGACCGAGAGUUGUGGGAGGGGGCGGUGACGUGGCCGCAAGUCUUUUGGCUCUUCGAUCAAAUGCCGCGCUUUCUUCCCGUCGCUGACAGCUCGCGCUGGACCUCAAGUGAGGUGACGGCGUCCGUUCUGAACCGCCUCGCUUCAGCCGUCUCGCUGUCUGCCUCGGCGGCUUCGGACGCGGCGUCUUCGGCCUCGACUGCGCAGAACCAAGCACGGGAGCUCCCACUCACUCUGGCAGGGACGUGGGGCCUUUACGCUUCUUCAGACGACAUCUUCCGUCUCGGACCGGACCCGAGCGCAAUCUCCUCGCGUGCAUUCCUGCGUCUCCACGGCUACGCAUCUUCGUGUAUCACCAACACCCCGCUCGCUUCUUCGGCGUGUUCGUCCUUCUCCGCGCUUGCUUCUGGAUCCUCCCUCCCGCUGCUCCACUGCGAUGUCGACUCUGCCGACCGCUCCCAGCACUCCACGUUCUGGAAGCCCGUCGUCACUGAUCUCGAGGAGGUGCGAGGCCAUCCACUGGACCCUGUGGACUUGGCGAAUCACUUUUUCAUGGGCGAAUUCACCCGCGACGGCUCCAGCCUCCAGCACGCUGCCCUCGCUGGCGGCUCGGGGCGCGUCACGGGGGGCGGCGGAGCGCCGCGCGGGCCGGGCGGGGCCGGUGGAGCCCGUGGAGACGCGCCGGCGGGGAUCGCCGCCGGGGGAGUCGUUGAGGGCGACGAAGAAGACGCGUCCGCAGUCCACCACUCGCCUCUCGCGGGCGGCGGAGGCAUCCUUGUCGGGCAUCGUCCACCGGGAGCAGGGCGGUCGGACGACGGGGCGUCGUACCCGACGCAUGCUCUGUUUGAAGUCGAAGCCGACUCUGUGGGCUCGUGGAGUGACCAGAGUGAGGACGACGAGGAGGCGAUGGCGGCAGCCUCGGGCGGGCACGCGCGAGGCUCCAGAGCGCCAGGCAGGCCGGGGGACUCCGGCGGUCGACUGGAGGGCGAGGGCGACGACGGAAGGCCCGAGGGGAGACGCCGAGGCAGUGCAGGCAGAGACGGCGGCCGACGCAGCGGCGGACGGGCGAGUCUGGCCGGUGGGGACGGCAGCGCGCGGUCAGGUGGUAGACGGGGUUUGGAGGUGCUCAUGUUUGCGUCGAGUGAAGAGGAAGAAGACGAGAGAGCUGGACUCGGAGACGAACGCGGCGACUCUCGAAGAGGGCGCUUCGACCGCAUUCGCAUCCUCGCAGAAGACGACCCCCGCGACCUCGACGAGGCAACCGAACUUUUGACGGACGAAGGCGAGACGGAAUUGGCGGAGGUUCUCCCCGGCGAUGACGACGAGCCGUUGGAGUGCGACGCCUUUGAAUGCGAUGAUCCGCUUCAGGGGCUCUUGUACGAGAACAGGGAAGUGAUGGAAGACCUGGCCAGCAUGAACCUGGCGUUCCGAUCGAUGCCGCCUCUUUUCCGGCCCGUCUUGGCCUCGCGGCUUGUGCCGUCGCUCCUCGUCCGCCCGCUUUGGGAUCGCUUCUCGUCGGAGGGGUAUUGCGCAUCUGCGUCGGACCGGCAGAAUCGCUUUCCUGGUGGGGAUGAAAUCCGAGGCGCCGACAUGGGCAACGCUGCCGGCGUUGUGGAACGAAGGCGAAACCCCCGAGCCCGAGACGCGGCGAGCGGAGAGGGACACUUUCUGCCCUGCAGAGACGAAGAGGACGAAUCCCCGUCUCUCCGUCUGGCCAUGGUUGUGCACGGCGGGACUGGGCAAAUGCGACACUUCGAAGCCGGACUAGACGGCGAAGCUCGCGCCCAAGUGCUUCUUGAGCGUCCCUCCGCCUCCCUGCCUUCUGCAGCCUCGACCAGCGAAGCGAGUCGCGUGAUCUCCUUCGUCGAACGUUACCGCCGAAUCGCUGAAGGCCACGGCAGUUACCGGACUGUCUAUACAGCUGACUCGCAGAGACAGCCGGACGGCUCGCCCGCGGUAGCGCAUUUUAGGGUCGAUCGAAGCGCAGGACUGGUCCCCGGAGCAGACAGCCGAGCCGAGCGGGUGCGCCCGGAACCGCCCAGCUGGCGUCGGCAGCGCGGCGUCUACGAGGAAACGAGGCAGCUUCUGGCUGCGGACGGCUGGCGCGGACGGGGGGGAAGACUCGAGGCCUCAGAGCCAGGGCUGUCCGAGGCGGAAGCGGGGUGGAGAGUGCAGAGUGGACAGAGCGGAGAACGUGGCUCGGGCAGAAAUGGAGAAGCUGGCUUCCCUCCCCCCGGCUGUUCUUCCUUCUCGUUUGGAAGCAGUUCGAGCGACAGCGCUUCCGAGGACGCGUCUUUGUUCGACUCUGAAGACGACGCUCUCUCUGACGGGGCAGUUGUCGUGGCCCAUGUCCUGCGCCCUCUGGAGCGUCCGCUGGGCGGCGCGGCGGCGAAUCGAUCAGGAUCGGUACCGCGAGGAAGAGAGGCGCGCGAGGAUCAGCGACGCCGACGCGGCUACCCCAGGCCACGUGCGUGCAGUGAGGGGGGCGGCACCUGCCUCGGGUCGUUUCCUCCACUUCAGCGCUCUCUCUCCUCGCACGUGUUUCUGUCGUCCGCCACCCAAAACGGCAGAACUCACUUUGCCCACUCCAGUAGCUCGUCUUUCUCCUCGAGCUUGGGCCUCCAAGAUAGCAACAACGGCUGGUUGCCUGACAUCGCCUGGCUCCGCGGUUCCUGCGCUGACGCCGGCUUCGACCGCCUCGAAAGCCUCGACCGCCUCGAAAGCCUCGACCGCCUCGACGCGUCUGCCGCCCAAUCCGGGCUGUCGCCGCCUCUGUCAGCUUCGCGGGCCUUCCGGACGCUCCCCGUCCAAGACCCGCCUUUGCUCCGGUCGCCUUCGUCCUCGUCCUGCUCGGCGCUCGCGUCCCGAGCGUCCGCUCCCGCGUGUCGCCUCGGGGGAGAAGACGAGGGCGACGCGCACAAGCUGUGCUGCGCGAUCUGCGCUUGGCCGCUCUGUGCAGGCCCCGCGAUCUCCGACGAGGCGUUCGCGGCGGCGCAGCGUCAAUUCGCCCGCCGACAACGAGGCGUGCGACCAAGCCGAAGGCGCCGCUGGAGGAAAGGCCGGGAGAGAUCGGGGCGGGCGGCUGGAGGCGAGAAGGAGAUUGCAGAAACGACGGACGGGCACGGAUACGACGGAGAAGACGAGUUAGGGACUGUGAGUGAUGUCUCCCAGACUGGGGAGAAGGCGUUCGUCCUUGGCGCUUCAGAAAGCAACGUCCGAUGGCUUCUCGCCUCCUCUGCGGCGUUCUCCACAGCGCCUAGGACGUGGCUGGUUCGGUCGCGCCCGCUGCCUCGUUCGUCGCUCGCUCACGGUCGUUUCGCCGAAUUGAAAGUGGGAGAAAGUGCACACGAAGAGAGUUCGUUUUCCGCGACGGCGCAUAGCGACUUUCCCUCUCUGUCCGUGGCGGGGGAACACGAGGCCCGAGACGGUGGGGCGCACCUCGUCCCUCAGGCAAAUGGAGAAGCCCGGAAAGCGCGAGAGACGCAAGAGGAAAAGGCGACGACUGUGGACCCGUCCGCGGUCGUGGUGGCGCCAACCAAGGCGAACGAACUGACAAGGGUGACAGGGCAUGCAGUGGAAGCCCACUCGCGUGAAGCAUUUUCGCGGAUCACGAAGUUUUCCCACAAAUCGACCCGUGCACAGUGUCGCCAGUCUGUGGAAGCAGCUGGCGGAGACCUGAGGGGUGAUGUUCGCACGCCCACGGAUCUUCACGAUUUGCCUCUCGUCUCUGCGUCUCUGCGGGAAACGUCACCGGUCCUUCUCCCGUCCUUUUCCACCCUCGCGCCGUUGCCUGUCUCCAGACAGGCUCUGACACCGCAGUUCGUCCUCGACGCCAGACAGGCAGCGAGUGACGGAGAAGCGGACACGCGAGUCUUUCGCUCGCCGCGCUUUCGUCGAGUGUGCAGUUUCCGGAGAAAGACGCAACAGCUGGCGGGAGACGAGCGUCGCAGAACACCCCGGACCGAGAUUUUGGCCUCGAUGGAUGACCAGAAGGUUGGAGUCAACGGGACGGACGUGAACGGCGUCGCAGAUGAAGCUGCCGCAGGGAAAGCUAGGAGAGAGACGGAGAGCGUCGACAGCGGUCACGGAGGAAGAUACAAGAAACCGGCGGGAGGGCCAGGGAAAGGACGCGUGGGGAGACGGAGCGGGGAUCCCUCCGCGCAGUUUCCGUGCGCGAUUUGUCGUUACCGAGGUUUCACGUGCUCGGCACAGGCCACCUUCACCUCCAGGCUGCGAGGGCCGUCAGACAACGAGAGGCGCUUUCCCCUGUGGUGGCUGCAAGGCUCAUUUUCGACGGCACGCGGCCCCCGCCACAAGACGAGUCACGCGGCCUCUCUGGCCCAUGUCGGCGACGACGGCGGCCGGGCGACGUGGCCGGAAACGCCUGAGUGGAUUCCCUUGUUUUCUCGCUUCACAGCGGCGGUGGCGAGGUGUCGACGACCGAGUUUCUCCCAGGUGGAUCUCGAGGGAAGCGGGACCGCGCAGCUCUCCGGCGGCGACCGCAUGCCUUCGCCGCUUCCCCUCCGACCGAGAACACUCUCGUCCGUCUACUUGCCGUCUCGACGCUCCGCCUGCCUUUCUGCCAGUGUUGCGGGGGGGAACGUCCGUGCGGCAUCCGCUUUCUUUGCGCGAGAUCAGAAGAGCUUCCGGCGCGCGGGUAAGCGGUCGGCCACGCCCGGCAGCGCGCAGCGAGCCUUGGAUAAGGAGAGCGAGAGGGGCCCCGCUUUGCGUUCCCCGCAGGUGCGAGCUUUGCGUUCGGGGCGCCUGUCGAGCGCCCAAGACGGGAAAUCACGCCUGGCGCAGGACCACGGCAGCAAGCGACAAGGCGGUGCGAAAGGGAUGAAACCCUUCGACUCAGAAAAAGCGUGUUUUCCCCCCGUCGACUCCGAGGCUGCUCGGUCCUUCUCGCUUCCUUCCGGGCACGCGGGCACGCCAGGUGCGUUUUCGUCCCUUGGGGAACUGCAUCGGUUGUUCUGGCGUCAGUAUUACGCAGCGCAGGACGAGGCUCUACUCCUCAUGCUGGCGCCGUUUUUGGGCGGCAACCCGGUGUCGCUCUCGAACAGCUGGCCGGGAGGCCGCGCGUUCUUCGCCGCGAACGAUGUCCCCGAAGACAUUGAACUUUCCUCUCUCGCCGACGUCCGGUGUCCGCGCUGUGGCAAGACUCUGAAAAACAUCCAAGGAAGUGGGUUUGAAGGGAAGUGGAGAUGCGAUGGCCUGGACCAGAACGGCUUCUGCGUCGCCAGCUUGACCGACUACCGGCUCUGGUCGGCGGCCGCUCGCCACCGGUGUCACUCGGAUGACUUCGACUACUGCCAGGCCUGCUUCGAAUAUAAGGCGAGGCUGAACGCGCGCAAACUCAAGUGGCUCAGCACAAACUCCUCGAGGCUCCUCUGGCCCUCCCACCGGCCCGCCUGCCCUUCAGGCCCGUUCUUGUGGCAGCUGGGGUCGCCGCGUCUCCCCGAGGAACACCGGCGACGCGCCGAGGAGGCACAGAGGCGGAUCGAGGCUCUCGUGAAAAAGGCCAGAGAGCGACAAGAGAGACCGGAGGUGAAGGCCGACUCGGCUGGGGACAGGCGACCCGAGCUGGGAGAAGAGAGGAAGAGCGGAAAACCCGAAAGCCGCAAGGCAAGCACCGCGGAGACGGAUUGGCGGGGAACACGAGACGACGCUAGAGAACCCAAGGGGGACAGGGGAAGGGACCCGGAGGAAAUCGUUUCACGGAACGCGUCCGCAUCGAGUGGUCCUCUGCCGAGACGUUCUCGCCGCGGGGAGCGAGAGAGAGGUUCACUCGCGUUCCACCGGUCCUCCUCGUGUGCUUCUUCUGCUGCCUCGUCCGGUUUGCCUUCGCUUUGGCGGGGCCCUGAGAGGCUGCCGGCGGUUCAGUCGCCGCAGGCGUGCAUGCAGUCUUGGAUUCGCGAGGCGACGCAGCUGCCACUGCUUGCCCAGCGGCCUCGCAGUUCGAGUGGAAACGGCGAGGAAGUGGUGCUCCGGGACGGCGUCGUCCUCCUCAUUCCUUCACGGCUGCCGUACCUUCCUCCGCCGCCCUGCAACCCCGUGCUGCUCGACGGUUUGCUGACGUCUGCGCCAGGGUUCCCCGAGAGUCUCGCGCACCGCCUGCUUCGUCUCGGGUGCACCUGUCUGCUUCCCUUGUUCUUCAAAAACUUUGAAACACUCCGCAUCCACGGGUCGCGCGUUCUGCCUGCGGCCGCCGCGAGCGACGCGGCUGCAGGCGACGCGCUCCAGGCGGUUGGCGAGGCGAGCGGUAGUGGGAUCGCGUACCCUCCUCCGUUCCCCGCGACUGCUCGCGAACGCAGGCCGGACGGGGCACAGCCCAGAGGAGGCGACUCGCGCAGGCCCGCGGGAGGCGAGAAGGCGUCGCGUCCGGCCACGCACCUGACGGUCUCGCUGGUCGCGGAAGAGGCUGUGUGGCCCCUCGUCAUUCAGGGUCGGUUCGCCGGCUCCGGCGACUGCCGUUCGAUUCCGCACUUGAAGAAGGACAUUGCGGACCACACCCACUGCGAGACGGAAGGCGUGUUGCUCAGCUGCUUCCAGAACGGCCGGUGGCACGGCGCGGCGCGGCGCGAAGAGACACUGAGGGACGGCGGCGACGGCGCGAACCGCGGCCAGGGCGACUUCCUCUGUGGUCCAUUCAACCGUCAGAUGGACGGCCAAGGCGACGGCAAAUGGUUCAUCGAUGUCCACAAGGCGCAGCGGGACCCGCAGCACUACAAGGGCACCGUCGGGUACAACGGAAGCGUCGGGUACUGGAACCUCGACACGGACGUCCCGGGCCAUGUCGCGCCAGCCUUCCUCGCCGUCAGCGGCCACGCAUGCACUCCGGAGGUCCGCAACAAAGCGAUUCUGUUUGUCUCCUCCCUCCAGAGACACCUCGAGGUCUUUCUGCCUGCGAACCAAGACGAGUUGGAAGCGCAGAUGAACUUUCUGACUGAGGCGGCAGAGAGCCUCCACGCAGCAGGGCGCACCGGCGAGGGCCGCGCGGAGUCGACAGAGUCCGAAGACCAGGCCGGCGAACGCGGAAGGCGCUGCCCAGACAGGACGCAAAACGCGACGAAGGAAACGCCCCGCGAAGACGAUGCGGACGAUGUGGCCGAGGCGGACGAGGCACCAGAGAGACGCAAGACGGGAAAACGUGCGACAGGCUCGAAGGCCCCGACGAAAGGACGGUCGCGGGGAGACGCGGAGCGUUGCGACGCGUCGGAGGUCCGGGCGUCUGCGAGGUCGCCGUCCCACCGACCUGGCGAAGGUGAACAGCCCGUGGACGUCGGGAACUGCGCCGUCUCUUCGGGAGAAGCCUUUGAAGUGCAUCUGUGCCCGGCAUGCGAACUGCAGCAGCAAGCGCCAGGGGAUUCCCUUCAGCGUUCCGAGCGAGCGGCUCGGGAACGCAUCGUCAACCCGAGGGCAUCUUCAGCUUCCGGCCUCUCAGUGGAAGAAGAGGACGAGUACUUGGCGUUGAAGGCCUGGGAGGCGAACGCCGAUCCUCUGGCUGCGGCGCUUCUCCCGGUCGAUGCCCUGCAAAGACAGCAGAUGAGCGCAGCCGUCCGCUGUUACCAGUGGGAGACGGCGCUCCAGUCUCAGAACGCCUUGGUACAGUUGUGGCUGCUGUACCCUUCUCUCGCUCUCGACUCGUGGCCGCUCGUUCUGCGAUUCAUCUACGACGCCGUGCGCGCACGCCCCUCGAUGCACCGCGUCCUCGUGGAGCUUCUCCUCGCAGUCGUGAAGGCUGCGGCUGUGCAGGGACGUCGCCGAGACGACACGGAAGAGGGCACGACGGACACGAGCUCAGACGCAGACUCCAGCGAAGAAGAAAGCGCAGAAGGAGACGGGUUCGACGGACGACUUCUCGGUCGAGGUUCCGAGAGGCUGGAGAGUCGCGGAACAGGCUCCAUGGGUGCAUUUACGUCGUCUCGCUUUUUCUCGCCGUUGCUGCCUUCUCUCUCUUCGUCCGUUCUCACCUCGUCCCGUGACAGAGACAGAGAAACGGACGGCGGGAGAGCUAUUGCCUCCCACCUCGGCGCGCUGGCGCUGCUUCACUUGGCCGCCAUAGGCCUCCUCGACCGGCACAGUGCGGAGCAAGCUGAGGCGUAUCGCGUCUAUCGGGCCGGGCGUCAGCAGCAACUCGCUUUGCAAAGCGUCUCUGCUCAGUCUGAAGACGCCUGCUCGCCUCUCGAGGGCGUCGCGUUUGAGGCUCUCAGUCAGCGGCUCCACCUCGACGGCGCAGCAGGCCACUUUGUCUCUCUCGGCCUCUCGCGAGCUCCACACGGAGACCCGGACGGCGCCGGAGACGGGGCGCGGGCCCGAGCGGGAGUGUCUGUGUCGCAGUUGUUCAGAACGCAGGAAGAGACGCAGAAUGCGGCGCGAGAGAGAGGCGCGCAACGGCGAAGAGAGGGAAACCGAGAAGCCAAACAGGAAACCUCUUCGCUGCUGCCGGAAAGCCGCGUGUACGCAGGAAUUGCUUAUGGGGUGCAUCGGCCAUGGCCGGCCGCCUGCAGCAGAGACAUCUUUUCUCUCUCGCCUCAGCCGAUCGUCGAGAGCGACGCGUCGACAACGCCACGUGCGUCUUCCCUUUCUGCGGGGGCGCCGUCUGUUCCCUCGCCAGAUUGCGACGGCGGGUCGGAUGCGGCGCGCGGCUCCGGCGAGCUUCCGAGCAGCGACGAGGAAGAGGGACGCGACAGAGAACGGCGAGUCCGGCGAGAGCCCGACGACGCCAGCAGGCCGUGGCGUGUCGCCGACCCGCGGCCUCGGCUGCCAGUGGCGUUUUGCCGGUUCCAGGAGUUUGCAGGCGGCGCAGGCCAGAGCGGCGCCGCGCAGCAGCUGAAAUAUUUGAAUCCAGCGCUACUCGUUGACUGUCUGCAUUCGGAGUCCAGACACCCGUACCGGCCGACUGAGCGCGGCGGUCGCAAGACGCAAGUCGGCGUCGAGGAGUUCAUUCUGUCUAGGCCCGUGAACGGCAGAAGAAGGGGAGAGAAGAGACGGGGCGCAGGGGAAGCCGGCGACGGGGAACGUGCCGAGGGGGCGGCGGGGAGCGCGGCGAAUCGAGAGGAAAGGCGAGACAAGAACUCGCCAGAGAAGGUUGCAGUGGACCGCAGACGCCAAGGACGAGAGACGAAAGGGAACAUCUCCGUCGACAUCGCCAUGGAUCCUGGAUUCGACUGGGCUCGAGGCUUCCUCAUUCGCUUCUCGCGAAUGUCCUGCACACGACCCGGAGACAGCCUCCGAUUCUACGCUCACCCUGCCGACGACAUCUGCGUCGCUGCAUGCAGCGGCGCUUCGGAGCGUCCGUGGACGUCGCCUGUCUUUCUUCCGGGGUUCCGCUUCUCCUACGCCUUCCACCCGUUCGGCCUCAACUCGCCGUCCGCGCCGCUUCCGAAUCCGAUGUGCGGCAGCAACUCCGCUGGUCUCUGGAUGUCGCCGGAGUUCACGCCGCUGACUUUUGCAAGUCCCGCGAACGACCUGAGAGCCGACGACGCGGCGGCGGCUCGCAGCGCCGAGUUGGAAGCCGUCGAACGGGAGCGGAACGGGAGAGAGGAGCAUGGCUGUGGCGCACGCACAGCGCAGAGCGACGAGCGUGCGGCGGCUGCGCGUUAUCCCUAUCCUUCUUUGCACGCGAGCGGGGCGCCGCCGAGGACUCGCAGCGCCCAGAGAGCAGUCGACGCCAAUGGAGGCCCGGUAGAGGGAGCGCGGAGACGCGGGCGGCUGUACACGCAGAGCGCGUCCAUGCUUGAAGCCGCAAGAGGCGGAAGAGCGACGGCAACCGAUCUGGACUCGCACGCAACAGGAAACUGUGGCGUGGAGGCGACCGAGAGCCGCCCUGACGGCGGCACGGAGAAGCCGAGGAGGCGGCUUAGCGACCGGGGCAUAGAGGAGAUGGAGCCGGCGCACGCGAUGUGGGGGUGGAAGUUUGUUGUGAGUGUCGCCAACCGCGCCGAGGUUCUUCAGCACUACACGAAUCUCCCAGCGCCCUUCCCUUCGCCAGCUGCCGGUCGCGCGCUGCUCGAGGCCUUCCCGGGAACUCAGGAAAGAACCUCUCGGUCCGUGGCGGAGACCGGAGACAAGGGGGCCGUCCCAAAGCCUCGCGGCGCGCAUGCAUCAGGAGGGAAGCCGCGGAAGAAGCGACGUCGACGGGCAGAAAGCGCCUUCCGUUCCCUCCAGUCCUCCCUCUUCCUCGACCUGUUCCAGCCGUCCGUGGAUCUGACUUUUAUCCGCUGGCUCGUCGAAGACGUUGGCGGCCAUCCGGAAGUCCGCGAACAGGCUCAGACUCGCGCGGCUGUCAGUCUGCUCACGUCACGCAGCGAAGACACGCCGCUGACGGAAACAUUCCCAGACUCGGCGAGCGACAGCGGUGCGUCGACAGCGGGUGGAGAAAGACAGAAAGACGCGCGGGAGCCGGGGGCGGGAGCACGAAACGCGCGAGAGCUUCGAACAGACGCCAAGUGGAGAGAAGAGAGAGCAGUGCGAGCGAGCCUCGCGCACCUUCUCGCGUGCGUCUACCACCCAAACGUCUUUCAAGCUCUCGUGGGACUGGCCGGUAGUUGCGCAACUCUCGAGGGGUGCGGCCCCGCGCUGCAGCCUGCGGCGGUCUUUCUCGUCAAGCGAUUUUCCCAGUUGGCGCCUUGGCUGCAAGGGCCUCCUCGCACGCAUCCUCAGAGACAAAGACGCCUGCGGGCUCAGGCGCGCCGUGUCCACUGCGACGAUCCGAGCGCGACUUCAUCUUGCUUGGCGGACUCCGAGCGUCAUCCCGAAGUCCAGCUAGGGUCGCCGUUCUGGCUGUCUUCGCAGGAGUCUCCGAGUCCGUGCACUGUGGGGCGCCGUGAGCCUGGCGGGACGAACACCCCUGGCCUUAACUGCCUAGAAACGUGCACGUCUUCCCGUCUCUCCCCCCCCUCCUCAGCCCGCUCGUGUGGGUCUGCAGCGCCUGCGCUCCACGCCUCUUCGCCUUCCUCGCCGCUCAGGGUGCUUCCAGAAACAUCAGAAGGUUCGCUCGGCCCUCAGACGCCGUCGCGUUCCUUCUCUCCGCAGGCGACCGCGCCUGCGAUCUGGUCUCGAGACGCGGGAUCGUCUUCGGAGUCUUCGUCGCCGGACGCCGCCUGUUCUCUCGCUCUCGCGUCUUCGUCACAACAGAGAGACGAGAGAGACGCGGAGAGAGACGUGGCCCCAGCUGAGGAUGAAGCCCUCGCGUUGAGCGCUCGGAUGCGCUUCUUCUUUCUUCUGCUCUUCAUGGAGAUCGCUGCGCAGAUUCGCGUUCCUCGAGUCGCCGACAGCGUCUUCGAAAGCGCCGGCGUCAACUCGAUGUACACGAGCCAGUCGGAAACGCAGGGAGGCUCCAGCGCUCUCCCGCUCUCUUCGCUCCCCCCGAGACCCCGACCCCUUCGACCGACGCAGCAGAUUAUUCUCCCGCCCUUAGCGGAAUACGUCGGUCAAGUCCUUGCGGUCCUGUUCAGUGCAUGCAAGUGCGCCGCAGCUUGCGGCGAGUGUGGGGCGGAGGCGCGCGAGGCCAACCGUCGAAGGCAGCUCUCGGCGCAGCGAGUGACGUGGCGACUCAGCGACAUUCGCCUUCUCUGCGAAAAGGCAGAGAGAGAGCCGAGAAGCAACCCGUCACGGACCUCGCGCCUCGACGGGCCCUCCUCGCCCAGGUGCCGCUCCCCGUUUUCCGCGUUCGCCUCUGAAGCCGAUCCCUCGAACGCAGGCGGGCGCAGAGCACAUCCGCCACGCAGUGUGUCGACUGCUGGCAGCAACCGUCUCUCUCGCUCAACCCCGUCGUGCCCAGAGGAACCUCACACGACUUCCGCGACUCUCUCGUCUCCAUUUUCUGCGUGUGGUGAUCGUCCGCACGAUCACAGCUACCAAAACAGCUACCCCGCUUUCCGUUCCCAGUCGCCGUCUGGUCCAGCCUCGUCGUUUGGUCCGGCCUCGUCGUCCCCACCGCCCCUCGCUUCUUCCGACUCUCCGCCUUCGCAGUGUUCAGUGUCUCUGCUCUCGCGGUGGAGCUGCGGAGACACGCGUGGCGUCUCCUCUUCGGCUUCUCGAGACACGAGAUGGUGUCCCCAUGCCGCGUCGUCGCCUCUCUGGCUCCAGCCUGGCCCCGUCCCUCUCCACGGCGGUGGUCAGCCUCCGUGUGAGGCUCCGGCGUCUUCAGGGUGCGUGGGAGGCACCGGGUUUUGCGUGGAGCAAGCCGUGAAGGAGUUGCUGCUUCAGUGCAAAGUUCUGCAAGACUUGCGCGGCUUGGAAGGCAACUUGCCCCACUCCCAAGGUGUCCCCUUCGCCCUGUUCCUCUUCGAAUUCCUGCAGCGCCUGACAGCUCUCCGCGGGGUCGAGCGCAGCCGCUUAGGCAACGAGACGUUCUGGGAGUGCAAGCGGCGCCUGGGCGCGGAGGGCCCGGGGGAAGGCGCAGCGCGGAGCGAGGUCUGCGGCAGAGCUCGGCAACGAGGGCCAGACCCGAGCCAGUCCACGGGUGGGAGCCUCGCCGUGAGCGACGCGUUCUGGAACGGACAGUAUCUGCUGGACGGCCGGAAGUGUCGAGGCUGUCCAGGAGAUGCGCGGUCGAGUGACAGAUUCGAAGUCGAUUUCGAGCGAUUCCUUCCGCUGCUCGACGAGGAAAGCCAGCACAUGCUUCUCCCGGAGCACCUGGACCUGCGCAAGGCCCUCUGGCCCACUCUGUGGCGCAUCGCCGAGAAACGGAGACAGCUGGCGCGGACGCGAAAGGCUCUGGCGGGGACACACCCCACAGCGAGGGGGCCCGCGAUGGAGCCGCAGCUGGGAGGCCAGCAGGCGUCCGUGGCUCAGCGAGCGGGCGGCCAGGGAGGCGACGGCAGCGGGGCGACAGACGCGAGAACGCACGCGUUGGAGCGCGGCAACGCAAGUCGCCCAGCCGCAGCAAAUCUCGGCCUGUCGACGCCCGCGUCCUUUUCUAUCUCGCCUUCGUUCUCUCUCAGAGAAGCGGAAGGCGCGGGGGGUGACGCGUCGGAGGCGGACCUUGCGCGGGACUCGCGGAGGCGGGGAAGUGAACGACCGCUGUCCGCGAGAAACCAGUGCGAGGGAGGGGACAGUUCUCCACGCACGGGCCGAGUCCUGCCAGAGUCGGCUUCUUCGCCUGUCCUCUCCGUACCCCCUCAAUGGCUUUCCACAGAACGGGGCGAGGCGGCGCAUAUCAGUGGACGGAUGCAGGACAGCAGGGACCGGAGCGACGUGCCGGUAUGCCUGAGUUCGCCGCUGCAGCUGAGCUCCGCGUCCCAUUCUUUCCAGUCAUAUACACCGUACAAGAUAGCGUUUUCCGCCUCUUCUCCACUCGCCCUGCCUCUGCUCGCUGGGCUGGGGUCGCCCUCAGUGGCGAGUGACGCGCUCGAGGCCAUUCUCCCUGUGUCGGCGCUCGACGAAAGCACGAGCUGCCAGGCCAGAAGGGCCGGACAGAGCAAACGGGGAAUCGGCGAAGCGGACGAGGGAGCGCGCCACCCUCCCCGCGCGCUCACCGCGCCCGCUUUGCCCUUGGCGCAUGCGCGGCCAGGCGCCGUCCCCGUGUUCUCUCCCCUCGCGGUUCGGCUGGACGCGCGAGAGCUGCGCAGGCGGCUGUGCCUCCGGUGGGGAGUCGGGCCGCGGUCCGGCGCCAUCGGGGACGGGCGCGCCGAGCCGGACUCGCUCGGAGGCGGCGUGUGUCUGAGCGACGUCAGGGCGCUGGAUUCCUUCGCAGCCUCCGCACAAACCUCUAGACAGGCGCUCGCGUCCUGGGCUUUGGAACGCGGCGAUUCAGGCGAGGAACGAACGGAAGGCUGUGAGGCGGGCGACAGCGGCAAGGGACAUCCGCCAUUCACGAGUGAUCCCGUUGCCUUCCUCUCGCGAGAACUCGCCCUCUGCUUCGAGGCAGACGUUCGCACGAUCGACCUCUCCCCUUACGCAGCAGGCGCCGUUAUCAGCUUCUGUAGUUCCCCAAGCCAGCUGGCUCCUGGGGACCUGCUCACUGUGUAUGCGCGGCCUCGGGGGGCGUUCUGUACCCGGUCGCGCGCGCCGGGGCCUCAGUCGUCUCGUGUCUCUCCUGCGGCGUCGGUUUCGCCGCCUUCACCCUGGAUCCCCGUCGUUGAGAUGAGCAACUACCACGCCGACUGUCUCUGGUACGCAACCGAUUACUCUCCGUCCCUGUCGCCUCAGCUCUUCUUCCCCGCGGGGUCUCCGCCCUCACCGCACUGGCCGGAAGAACCCUCGAUCGCGAACACACGCCCGCGUCUGCGAGACGGAGACAAAGAAAGAGACAGAGGGACAGGGUACUUCGCGCUCGGCUCGCUGGCUGCGGCUGUUCGGCUGGGUCUGCUUGACGCCACAGAGGCUGCGCCUUUCUGUCCUGCGUCGCUUACGAAACGUGAGGAGAGAACCAAGGACGACGUCUGUGCAGGCUCCGAUGGCGCUCAGAAAUCCCCGUGCUUCCGCGGAGAUUCGGACGCGCAUGUCGCCGGCAAGGCCGCUCGCCCUCUCGAUGCUGCACGCGCUCUCGCGACGGCAGCCGGCGCUCUGGCCAUUGAAACGACGCCUCUGGAAGGCUUCCCUGAAGAGGAAAGGCGCGUGCGGGGAGAGGCCAAACUUGCGGCGAGUAUGGAGUCUGCGCAAGUUCUCUUUUCCCGGCCUGCUUCCUUCCUGUGGCGUCUCCCUCCCUCUCUCGCGCAUGCUCCGUCUGUCAACGAGGACCAGAACUCAGGACUUGGUCUCGGAACCGAAAAGCGAGUUGAAACUCGCUUCCUGAAGAACGCCGUGGGGCUGCUAACCGAGAGAGACGAGGACGUCUGGGGCACCGUGCGAAGACUGGCCUCGCAUUCUUCUCUCGCGCGUCCUCUGCCUUCGCACCUCGCGUCCCCUCUGCCUGUCUCCUCUCGUGGGCAGCCUUCGCAGCCGACGGCGCUCCCGGAUCGCUCGCGUUCGUUCUCGAGUGCCUCGCUCUCAUCUGCCUCGUCCCUCGUGCUCCCCGCCCCGGGGAGUUCGAGCCGUGCGCCUCAUCCGCCUGUGCCGCGGAGCUACCAGCGCCGAGGUAGCGGUCAUCCCACUCCGGCGGCGGCUCCACCGGCUCAGUUCACUCGCUCCGGCACUCGUUCGCGAACGUUCUCGGGAACUUCUGUCGGCCGGAGUGGAAGCUUCGGCGCCCUCACGGGCGGUCUCUCUUCUCUUCCGACGACGGCUGGCCGCCGCUCGAGCUACUGCGCUCCGACGAGCUCAGCCACCAGCGCCGCGACUCCCUCAGCCUCGAGUCUAGUCGGUGCCUUCGCCUCUCAAAACCCCGUAUUUGCCAUGGCGCUGGAGCGAGGUCGGGACGAGCGACGCAGAGACCGAGAGGCGAGGGAAGAGCCCGACGCAGGCGGGAGCGGAGCUGUGCCUGCGUCGAGUUCUUCAGGGCUCUGCCGGAGAGGGAGAAGACACGGCAGUCUCGCGGAAGCGGCGCGAGGGGGGCUACAGGGCGAAGGCCGCAGACGCGGCUCGAGUGGAGACGCGCUCCUCGCCCUGUCGUCUCUGGGUGAAACGCCCCAGGCCCUGUCGUGGGGCUCUUCGUCUGCCACUGCGCUCCUCCCUGGAAGGGGCGGGCGUUCGGCUGGGGCUUGCAUGCGCCGCGGGAGCUUUGCUGGCAGGACCGCGACCGCGCAGCCGUUCGGCAAAGAGUCCAGCUUUUCGUCGGACGGCGGCAGCCAGCGAGGAAGCGCCGAGGCGUCUGUGCGAGUGUCGGGGCUUCCUUCUCACGUCGGCGCGGCUCCGACCGACGAGGCGAGGCAGAACCGGGACGAAGCGCGCGUGGGUGCGAGCGACACGAUCCACUUGGUGUCGGGGGCUCUGAUUCCUCGCGAUGAGUUCCUCAGAGCGGGGGUCUGGAGAGUCGAAUUCACAGUGGGCUGGCGGCAGAACGGGAAGAACCAACCCUUGCUCGCGCCGGACGAAGGCAGCCUGCCUGCGCUCCCGCGGUGCACAGGCGGAGACGAAGACGGCCAGCGCGAAGACGCCCUCGGCUGGCACGCGGGCCCGGAGUUCGGCUGGGCGCCGCUCACCCACGCGGUGUCGCCAGAAGAAGCCGCCGUCGACGCGCUUCUGUCCGAGCUGCUGGGGACGCGGUCGAGGACGACACGAAGCGCGGAGACCGCGGAGAAACGCAGCGACCCCAAAGGGGUUGAAAAAAGGCCGGAACCUGCCGAAGCGGGCACGAGGAGCAGCGACGACGGACGCACGUCGACGAAUGCACAAAUCGCCUCCGAGGCUGACUCGCAAUCGCGGAACUCCCCGCUAACGCGCCUUUCCUCCGCGUCUUCUCCUCCCUCCGCAGCUCCGUCCUUCACGGUCCCUCCACCGGCUUCUCGGUAUUUCUGGCUCUCGUGCACCACGCAGGUCGUCAGCGGGUCCGGAGUUGUCUCGCCGACUCCGAGACGAGAGGCGGAAGGCGCCUGGGCGUCCGUGAGCGGAUCGCGACGAAACCGAAGCUGUCUUUCUUCGCUUUCCCCACACCAGCCUCAGGCCCCGCAUGCGGCUGCGCCUGCGACAGAGGCCGCGGCUGACGCAGGUUACCUGUCUCUUUCUGCUGUGGGGAAGGCGCCGCCGCGUUUCGAUCGCGACGAAGAGACCCAAGAGAGGCGCGGAGACAGCGACGGCGAAGCCCAGGAGCCGUGCGUUGCGUCUCGGCUUACCCUCGGUCCUGGAGACUUUCACAGCCACCCUUUCAUCCCUGAUCCUCCCAUAUACCAACGGACGUUUGCGCUGGCGGAGCACCUGAAUCGGAGUUACCCGCCUCAAAGCUUCACGCCUCCCUGCUACCGCGUCCUCCCUUCCCCAGGCCUCCUGCGCUCGCCUUCGCCUCCCUCUUCUGCGCCGCGCUCCUCCUUUUCGUCGCUCUCCUCCUCGCUGUCGCCAGCAGCUUCCGGGGGCGUGUGUGUCCACCCCGUGACAUCGGGCGAGCCUCGCGUGGCCGCGUACAGCGACGUCAUGGCUCGGGUGCAUGCGCACCAUCAGCAGCUGCGCCCGAGUCAAGCCGAAGUCCGUGGAGUCUGGUGUGUCAGUCCGCACGGAAAGCAGACCGUUCAGGACACGGUCGUCGCUGGCGACUGGAUCGAUUCACAGAGCGUCGCCGCGGUGCUCACUGCCUGCGCGUCCGGCCUGCAUCCAGAGGCCGCCGAGGAACGGGCUUGCAGCGGGAGCGGAGCGCGCCGCGACCGGAGCGUGGGCGGAGACACAGAAGACGCACCGACAGGGGAAGGCUUCUGCCGCGACGACGCGCAGCUGUGGGAACGAAACGCUGAAGGACGGAACUGGGCGUUUUCCGGUCCCGCGCUCGCCGAGAGGCUCACUCCAGAAGACGUCCUGUCGCGCGCGGAAGUCCUGUGUAGUGCGUCGUCCAGGCGUCUUCUCCACUUUGGACGGAGCCUGGAGCUUUCGCCUUCGCGCGCCUGCUCGGCAGCUUCUGAAUUCCCGUCUAGGUCGGAGUCGCCAGUGACGGGUGCAUCCGGUGGAGACGUGGAAACGGAAGAGCUGCGCACCCUCCGGGGUCGGAGGACACGCUUCUCUCCAGGCCGUCCACAGGCCGAGCGCGGCCGUGCCCCGCUUUUAGAAAAAGAAGAUCAAAGCCGGCGAGAAGACAGCAACUCACCGGCGCCGCACUUGGCAGGAGCGCGGGGCGGUCUGGCUGGCCGCGGCUCCUCGCGAGGUUUCCAGGAUGAAGGCCCGCCGAGGAACGGAAUCGAUCUGGGCGGCGGAGGAGAAGGAGACAACGCUGGAGCAAACGGAGAAGCGAGCCAGCCACGACGCGGGGAGGACGAGGGAGACCAAGUGGAGAGACGCAGAGCACGGCGGGACGCAACGCAGCGAGGAGAUGAAGCGACGCGCAGAAGCGCCUUACGCGGAGAGAUUGAAAACCAUUUCCUCGAGAGAGAGAAACAGAGUCCCGAGACCGGAAGGUCGUAUUUCCGGACCAGCAAACUGACCAUGGAACUUUCCUUCACGCCUGAUCUCGACCGUCUUCGCGAUCUGCAUGCAGCAUUCGCUGAUCUCAACACUGCGAUGGCUGAGGCACACACGCUACUGGCAUCCUCUCCACCCUCUUCCUGCUCCUCGAGUUCUUCUCCCAGUUCUUUUGCCGGUUCUUGUUCCGGUGCUGUCUCUGUCCCGUCUUCUUCAGAGGCGAGGCAGGCCAUGGCCGCCCGUGUGGCGCGUCUGGUAAAGCGCGUGCAGAUGCUCCAGCAGCUCGGCCCGAGAGACGAAGUGCGCUGCUCGUUUCGGGUCGAGUCGCCAGAGUCUGAGAGGGGAUCCAAGCCCAACCAGGAAGACGAAACUCAAAGUGAAAAAUACAACAUGACGUGGCACGUGGGAGGCUUGAAAUCCCUUCUAGGCGCAGGCCGCGGCGUCGCCCUGUGUCCCGCCGUGAAGCUCGGGCCCUGCGCCACGAUGCUCCAAGUGACGCGUGUGCACCAGCCGUGCCCCGCGCCGCGAACGCUGUCUUUGGUGAACUGUCCAGCUCUCCUGGUCACCCACUGCUCUUCGCUGAAGAUCUGUCUCUCCCCUAGCCCGUAUCGCACGCACCGCGACUGGCGACUGCUCAACGCACUCCCCGCAGACGCGUUUCUCGAUUCCUUUGCCCCGCGCAAUGCCCGCCUCGUGCUGCUCGGGAAGGGCCGCGAGCGGCUGAGGCCUGCCAGAGGCGCGGGGCGCUCUGGACGGCAAGCCUUGGAGUCCCGCCGCUGGGGCAAGGCAACGGAGCGAGCAGACAGGACUCAGAAGGAGACUUCUUCGCAGGCGGCCUCGGGAGUCUCACCGAGUCCGGCGGGCGCUCCAGAUCAGGCAGGAGAGAAUGUCGCAGUUGACGAACACGGCGAGCACGGCCAGGGAAGAAGAGCGUGGAGGCGUCCAGCCUGCGGCGGAGAGACAGCGGGAGAACCUGCCGGACGUAGUACAGCCCGCAGGGGUUCAGCUGCCGAACGCGAGGCAAGCGGAAAGAGAGGCGCAAGCGGGGAGCGGCUCUCGGUGGAGCCGCAGUGGCGAGAACACGGAGAACACGAAGGCGAAGGAGUGGCCGCACGCAAAGAGAUUGUGGAUAAAAAAAACCAAGGAAAGGGUCGACGGGAAGAGAAUGGCGGAGAACGGGGCAGUCGGCUGGCGCAUGCAGCCGAGGCGUGCAGCAGCAGUCUGCCGCCGCCGCUCAGCGCUGUCGAUCCGCGCCCUUCGCCGUCUUCGUCCCCUGGCCCGUCAUUCUCGUCCUUGCAUGCGGGGCGUUCGUUUCCACGUGCUCUUCCGGGCGAAGCAGGAGACGCAGUCAGGCAGGGUGGUCUGGGGAGUGGCGGAGCGACGGCGCACCAGCGCGUAGAGGGGAUGAAACCAUCUCUCUCGUCGCCGGAGCUGCGUUGGGGGACAGCCGCAAACGAAGACCAGUUUCGCUGUUUCUUCGCGCCCUUCCCCGCUUUUCGCCCUGUCUCACAAAGUGCCACAAGGCGACGAGACGGCGCCACAGACGCCCCUCUUCUUCAGCCUACCCCGAACGCGUUGCCGCACUUCGCUUCUCGUCUUCCCGAGUGUGGGGUCGCCUCCCGCGGCCUCGACGUCCACAGCGGAGCCGAGGGCGGGCCAGGCCUGCAUGCGACUCGGCGGCGUCAUUCGCGCGAGGCUGCCUGCCUUCCCUGGGGGCGACAGCCGCGGGGAGACGCGGCGCGCAAGGGCCCGACGGACGGCGAGCGGAGCGAGAGAUCUCUCGUCGGUUCUCAGGACAGGCAACGGCGCAUGUCCGCAGUCGAGGCUUCGUCUGAGGCAGGGUUCUCCCCCUUUGCGUCCUCGAACUUCGACGCAGACGGCUGCUGUUUUGAGGGACUCGGAGACGCGAACCCCGGGCAAACCGGGCCCCGGCGUGAGGGGACAGGAGACACCCCUGAGGGCUCUGGAGUCUUGCCGUCCUGGGAAAGCAUUCUGUUCGAGCAGGACCAAGGGCUGACUUACGUGGGGCCGCCAGGCGCAUGGUGGAGGGAUCCAGAACGCCUUUCCGGUGUCUCCUCGACUGCACGCGGUCGCUCAGCAGAGGCCGAGUCCGCGCGAGAGACAGAGGCGUCAGAGCGCUACGAAGGCUGGCGACUCCUCGUACGGCAGUUGAUCCCCGCGGGGCACCAAGUCAACGCUGCGCUUGCCGCCGAGGAAGCCGUGGGCGGCGAACUCGCAGCGGCUGCAGGUCAGCUGGCGCAUGCACUCCUCUUGAAUGACGAAAGCAGAGCGCGACGACGGCGCAGAAACCCAGAGACCUCGUCGCUGGGUUUCUACUCAAGCAGGGCGGGAGGCAAGACGCCAAGUGCGCAGGAUUUGCCAGCCGCGCCAGGGGAGGAAGGCGAGGAGCGCUCUUCGGACCGCCUGUCUCGCGCGUGGCAGGAGCCUCAGGAAGAAUGCAGUGCAAGCCGAGAAGGCGGGGAGACCGAGAGCAAGGUCGCAUCUGAGUCUGUAGCCUCGGCAGAACGAGGAAGUAACGAAGAAAGAAGAGAUGAGAUCAGGGACAGCGCGAAGGUCGAGGCAAGUGGUGCCAGCGAGCGCGCUAGCCGAUCCCCGAAUUUUGGAGACGCGGAAAGCAACGCAUCGCUGCUGCUUUCCGUCACACCCAGUGAAUCUCCAUCUUCCUCUCAGUCUGUCGCGUUGUUUUCUCAUUCUGGAGACGUCUCGCAGUCUCGGGUGUCGCUUAGGUCUUCGCCCAACGCGCCGCCUCUCGCUCAACGCCCUCCGGGCCGUUCCCAACCCGCGUCUGCUUCCGAGUCUGUCGCUGCGUCUUUUUUCGGCGCAUCCGAGAUGAGCCGGGGCUCAGAGCCGCAUUUCGCCAGCGUUCAGGAAGGCCUCCUUGCUCCCUCUCAGUCUCUGUCCCGUUUCGCCCAGGCCUCGGGCUCUCCAGCUUCUCCUCCUCUGGUCCACCCGUCCUCGACUUCUGCGCCUCCGGCCAGUGGAGACGAGGGUCUCCUUUCCGCGAGUCCCGAGUCGGCCCCGCGCAGCCUCAGAGCGCCUUUGGCCGGGGACGGGCCCAGCUCCGGGCGGCACGCGCUCGUGUCGGAUUCUCUCAGCGAGAGCCGCAGCGCGACAGACGCGAGUGCAGCGCGCGACGCCGCGUCCCUUUCUGCAUCUCCUCUCUGGCAACUGCCCGUCUCGUUCUCCCCCUCAGUUCUCGCCUCUCUCGGGCGCGGCAGGGUGUCUGGGCUGCUCCCCGAGUCGGGACCUCAGCGAGGGCUCCACGCGCGAAAGCGCACGCUGUGGAAGGCCCUCAAGGCUGCUCUUCGUUGUGCGCGGAUCCGCGUCCCUCUCCAGGGCGUCGUCCGCGACCUGGAAGUCCGCGUUGGGGUCCAGAGCCAGCCGUGGCCCGACGAGCUUCUGCAGCAAUUGGUUGACAUCGCCGCGAAGGGAAACGCGUCUCUGCGGGAUCCAAAGACAGGCCCCGCGGUGCGACCGCUCCCGCCGUUGCUGCUGCCUCUUGGGGGCUCUGCGACAAGUCCAGAAGCGACGGGCGAAUGCGAGGUCGUCGCGAGGACUACCGUAGAAGGCAGCCACCCUCGGCCAUCACGCAGAAAACCCGGAGACGGUGAAGUUGCGAAUGCCGAUCGCGUCCCCCCAGGCGACGUCGGACGUGGACCUUCCUCUCUAGGAGGUCUGGGCCUCGAUCCGGGUCGGCUUCUCUCCGAUUCGACUCUCUUCUGUGUCUCUUCUUCUCUUCCUUCGCUUCCGUCGUGUGCCUCGGACGCUUCGCCGUCUGCGUUUCCUCUCGACUGCUCGGACCCGCCUCACGCCUCGUUUUCGCCGGAGUCUCCCGCGUGCGUCGUUCGGCCAUUCCAGAGCGCAGUGAGUCCUGACGGCGCUCUGCGCGUCUCCCCCCUGGAUAUCUGGACAUGGCACUUGCCGUUCUUCCCGGGCUUGAGCUCAGACGCGGUCGCGGCUUGGCUCCUUCGGGCCCAAAAGGGCCAGGUGCGGCGCGCGACGGAGCGGGCCAGAGAGGCCCGCGAGGCCCAGAACCGCGACCGCAGAGGGCGCCAAGGCGCCGGCGGGCUCGCAGGUGAAGCCGGCGAGGAGGGGACACGCGCGCGGAGACGGCAAGAGGGCCAGGGCCGAGACGCGAGCCAAGUCGAGGCUGAGGAAGACUCCGGCCAGGGGACGCUAGGCGGCCGACGCCGGAGGCAUCCGCUGGUGGGCUCGCCAGUGCACGAAGGCGACCGAUCGGGAGACAGCGGCGCAUCCGAACCGUCUACGGAGAGCCCUUUUGGUGCGGAGGCGUCGGCCUCUCCGCCUCGCCUGCGCAGCGCUGAGGCGUCCGAGUCGCCCCGCUUCUUCGUUGACCCUGACGAGGGCUUCAGUGACGGAGACGUGACGGGCGACGAGGCGCCAGAGGAACGCGACGGGCGCAUCUUCUGGGACGACGUGGACACGGAAAGUGAGCACCCGUGGCCGGAGGUUGCUCCUGACGCGAGUCUUGCGUAUUCAGAGCCGUAUUUCACCGAAGACUACGCAGACGACGGAUUCCAGCGCGAUUGGCGUCUCGAGGACGGGUUCGAGGCCCAGGACGCGGGCCAGGAAACGCUUGUUCCGCGGGAAGACGCGCCGAUGAGUCGCGUUUCUUCGGGGCCUUCUGACGGUCGAGGCCGAGACGGAGGCGCCGCGUCUCUUCCGGGCGCCGCGCUCCCGCCAGCCUCAGGCCCUUCCGGCUCGUCUGGGGGCGGCGACGCAGAAGAAGAGCGCAGCAGUGCCGAGGAGGACGAGGACGACGUGGAAGACGCCAUCGCCGAUGAAGGCGAGCCUUUGCACCCUCCCGGCGGAGUGUCGGGGAUUGCCUCCAGCGCCUCCGACGUCUUCACCCGAGGGUACGUCUCGGCAGUCGACCAGCUCGCUUCGGAGCUUUGGAUGCUGUACGAGGUCCUCGUUCUCCGUGAGUGUGUGAAGAGGGUGGCCAGCGCUGAGAGGCGCAAGCGCGAAAGAGGCGAGAGACACCAGGCGCAGAGACACGGGGCGAGCCGAGAUCGACAGAUUCGCUCGCCUUCUGCCGCUAGUCCCGCCGUUGGGGGGGUUUCCGCCGCCACGAGAGAUGGGGCGAGCGAGAGCCAGGCCGAGUCGGCGGGCAUCGGGCGCGCGCGCGCAGAAGCACCGGAAACGGAGAGAGAAAGUCCUCGACGGCAACGAGGGAGACAGGCGGAGUCCGGGCAGACCCAUCGCUCAACUUUGUCGUCUUUUCCGUAUUAUGAAGGAGCCCUCGCGGCCAUUGAGGAAGACGAAGCGACUGUGCUCUUCGACCGCCCGAGCUCGCCGCAGUCUGGCCCCACAAGAGACGCUUUCGGGCGCGGAGGACUUGAGGACACAAGGGGGGAGGAUGCAAUGGGAGACAGCGAGGCCAGAAGCUCGGGCAGAGUUGAAGCAGAGGCCUCAUCAGAACGCGAGCGUUUGCCUCAGCCGCGUUCUUUCCUCACAGGCUCGCCGCCAAUCUAUACAGCUGUCGCGUCUCCUCUCGUUGAACUUCCUUCCUUUUGCAGUCCUCUUCUGUACCAGGUGCUGUACGAAAUUCUUCUUCUGUUUCUUCGCUUCGGCCUGGCGCGUUGCGCGGCGCGCCGUUCCUCUUCUGCCCGCGACCUUCUUCGCUAUUGGCCUCCGACUGUGGGGGACUUGCGGGUAGCCCUGCAACUGCGGCUCAGAUACCUUCACCAGGUCAACGUCUCUUUUCUCUUUUUGUCUCCAUUCCUCCCCACUGUCCCUCCACCCUAUCCGUACCUGUAUGAGGAGCGCCACGAAGUCCAUCUGGGCCUGGCGCCGGCUGCGUCCCUUCGAGGAGACAGCCACGCGCGAGACGGGGCCGAGACCGAGGAGUGGGGCUCUGGGAGAAGCAUGCGCUCAAGCGAUCCUGUCGCCUUCUCGUGGAGCCCAACCAGCCACACAGGAGGGGGCCUUCUGACGCGAGGUGGACGGAUCGGGAAAACGCCGACUGGUGGUUUGCGGGCGCGCGCGGCCUGGGGGCUUCGCCGCCUUCCGCCCCUCGCUUUCAGGACCCGAAACGAAACCGCGCGCAGUCUAAGAGACGCUGAAGAAAACCUGAACGCAUGCCAGAGAGACGCAGAACACGACGGAGGCUUCAGGGGAGAAGGAACGCAACAGCCAGCUGAUGGGCGUCUCCGCCCUCCGGCUGAGUCGGCUUCUCUUCGUGUCCUUCCUGAGUCUUUGUCUUCGUCUCCUGUUUCUCUAUGGGGCCCUGGAAGUGGCGAGGAAAGGGAGGAUUGCGAAGAUCGGGACAAAGUCCUCGUUGCUUUGUCCGGCACAAAGGCGCUCCUCCUGCCCGCUGUCAAGAACUUUCUGUUUCGCGCGUCAACAAUUUAUCGUGUCCACGCAAUCCGCCAGCAGAUUCUUCGUCUUCCUGGCUUUACCUACGCUUUCCGACAGCCGGAACGUCCGCGUCAGGCCCUCGCGGGUGACACAUCGCUCCUCCCGGCUUUGCCUUCGCUUCGGACUCCCGCGGCAUCUGCUAACUCGCCCGCGCUCUCAGGUUUCCUCGGCCUCUCGAGGGGUGCCGGAGUCUCUGCGCCGCGCAUGUCCCUCGCCUGGGAAGCGACAGUGAGCUUGAUUCGCCUGCAUGCGCCCCUGGAAGAUAUCUACGUGGCUUCUGCCCGCUCCGGAUCGCUUCUCUCUCAAGGUCGCAGCGGCUCGAGCGCGACGCUAGUUGUCGAUGUGACGGCUCCUCUGCCUGAAGCCUGGGGCAACGUGGGAGGCGCUGCCGUGCUCUUGGACAGAAACGCCACGCGCCAAACAGAGGCGGAGGGGCCCGCCGUCGUUAGUGGCGCCGCGGACUUGCAGACCGCCCAGAUUCCGGGUGUAGAUACACCUGGCAGUCGAGGCGGCGCAGGCUGGGGCGGCGAGCCAGGCGACGCGGCGACCGGGGAGCUGGAGCCUGCGGACGGGAGGUUGCCCGGAGACACCCGACUGGAGAAGAGUCUGACAGUGCAGCUGGCGAAGCAGUUGCAGCACGUCGAUGCGCUCAAGCUGGUGGCGAGAGAACGCGCAUUCGUCGUCCAACUUCGCGGCGAGGGGGCCCAAGAUCUAGGCGGGCCGUACGCGGAGAUACUCAGCAAUCUGUGCGACGACUUGGUGACACAGAAACUCGUUGUCGAGUGCCCAAAUGCUCGCAAUUCUGUCGGAAACAACCGCGACGUCUGGAUCCUAAAUCCGCGGCUGCGGGAGUUCCUCCUUGGAGCAGACGCGUCUGCGUUGCCAGGUGUACAGACAGCUCAUCCAGUCGGCGGUUGGGGCCCGAGUGGUGCCAGCGGCACCAGCGGCGCGGAUGACGCGCAUCGCGACGCCGAGGACCGAGAGGGUGACUUCCUUUCUGGAGCGUGGAGAGGUUUUGAAUCGCACUCGCGCUCAGGUGAAGCCGAAGACAUUGUUGCUCUCGGCUGUCAAGGUCCAUCCGAUCUUGGCUCACCAGAAGCCUCGAGUGCGUCGAGGUGGGCCCCAAACCUAUCGCCUCUGCCGGUCCUGCCUCUCUUCCCCGCGGAGGCGCUAGCUGUGCCCAGCCUUGCGGGCGCGCUGGACGCGGAGUGUGUCGACGCGUGCGGUCUUUUUGGCUUCUUCGCACCCUCCACUUCCUCCGCCAUUCUCUCGGGGUGUCGGAGGCGCUUCGAUCCUUCCCACGGGGUUGCUGGCUCUGCUGGAGCUGCCAGGUUCGAAAGCGAAACACCCAACAGGCGGCUUCGCGACCGAGCGCGGGCCAGCUGGAGAGCCUGGGAGGCGAACGAGGAGAGAGAGGACAGGACUUGUUUCCGACUCUCUUCGUAUGGCCAGCAUCUUGCCUCAGCACUCUUUGUGGUGGGGCGACUGAUGGCGUGUGCGGUUCUGACACAGAGUCCCCUGAAUCUCUCGCUGUCGCCGUCUCUCUGGAAGCUCCUGCUGUUGCAACUUCCUGCGCUGCAGGAUGUCCACGCAGUCGAUUCACUCGCUGCGAAGCAGCUGAAGACUUUCCUCGCAUGUUGUGGGCUCGCGCACAGAAGACGCGCCUCGCCAGCCUCUGCCGAGCGCGAGAAGAGGGGAGAUGAAGACCUGGGAAACGCGAGCGAAGCGACAGAAUCUCAGAGUGUCAGCCGAGUGGACGCAGACAGAGACAAAGCGACCCUGCAGGCCUUUGCGCAGAAUGGAUGGGCCGUCGACGAUGCCUUAGGGAGAAAUGUGGAACUGUUCCUGGGCGGCGCGCGGUGUCCUGUGGACGACGAGGAUAUUGCGGAUGCUGUACAGGCUGCUCUCCUCGCCAAACUCACAGAAGGUCACGAGGCAGCCGCCUGGAUCGCGUACGGGCUCUAUGAUCUCCUUCCUCUUCCUCAAGUCCAGGCCACGCUGACGGCGGACGAUCUGAGACAGCUGGUUUGUGGGGAUGAUGAUAUCGCGGUCGCGGUCUUAAUGCGGCAUUCAAAGGUGACGUGGGACAACAACGACGCCCGUGAGCGGGCUCUCAUCGAUAAUUUGUGGGAAGUCCUCAGCGCCUUCACCAAGAAGGAGAAGCAAAUGUUCCUUCGCUUCGUCUCGGGCCGGUCAAGGCUGCCGCGUUCUUGGGUGUCUGGGGAUCCCUCUGCCUCUCCACACAAGUUCGAAAUUCAUGUCAUGAGAGACGAAGAAGCCCUGGAAAUCCAAGACGCGUCGCUGCGGUCGGUACAGAUCGCCGAGAAUCAGACCGUCGACGAUCGCCUGCCGACGGCGAGCACGUGUUUCUUCAUGAUCAAACUGCCGAAAUAUUCCAGCAAGGAGGUCCUCAGAAAGAAGUUGAAGCUCGCAAUUAUGUCGUGCGUCGACAUUGAUCUCGACGCCCUCCACCAUGAUCUGGACUUUGCUCAGUUCGAGUAA